AUUGGAUUGGCUGAGAUUGGCAGUUCUGAUGAUCUCAGCCCAUGAAGCGGAUUGGGGGCGGAGCCAACAUGGCAUACCUGCACAGAGCUGGAAUAAAGGUAAGUUUAUUACAUUAUUUAAGCGGGGGCACGCCAGCUUAUAGUGUUUUAUUUUUGUUUGUUUGUUUUUCAAUUCUUUAUUUUUGGUGUGUCGUUGCAAUACGUCAGUCACAAAAUGAACAUUUCACAUUACAUACUUUCUGACAUGGGUACAGGUACUGUAGACAUUGUAUUGCCCCUAUUGUGUAACUCCUUGUCUCUCGUAUGGGUUCAUUUGCGUAUUGACAAUACCCCUUUUUUUUUUUUUUUUUAAACCAAAACAUUAAAACACAUUGAUUUAAACUAAAACCACCGUAGAGUGUGUCUUUCUUUGUAGUCCUCGUUAUCUCGCUUUAGAGUUGCAUGUACAGUUUUGUUUGUGAGCUGAAGACACUCGCUUCAACAAUGGUAGGAAGGGAGAAGAUAAAUUAGAGUAGAAAGUGUAGGAGAGGGCAAAGAUGGGGGGGGGGGUGUUUUCCCCCUCAUGGGAGGGAUUCUGAGCAGCGUCGAUGUUUCAGUUUGACUCGGUCGGCUUUUUAUAUGCAGGUUCUGAUCUCCCUUUAGGUCGGCCGGCCCGACUGGGGUGUCGCGGUGGUCGUAGUAUUGUAUGUCUAGGGCUGGUCGGUCUUAGGUGGGGCUCAGCCCCCCAUUCUCCGGCCUUCCACAACUCCAGACCUUUUCGUAUGUUUUUUGCUGUGAGAUGGUCCAUGACAUGAGUGUCUUGUAUUUUGUGGAUGACCUUGUUUAUCUGGGGAGCUUAUAGUGUUUUUAACACUAUGGGGUCAGGAAUACUAAUUUGCCAGUGCUGCAUUUUUCUCUCCCCCUCCCCUCACCCCCCAAUUCCUUACAAUAUAGUUUUCCUUUAAGAUUAAGGUAGCCGAAAUGGAAACAUUAUUUAAGUCACCUAUGCUUUCAGUUAAGCUACUUUUGCCUUUUACAUUUAAAUUCACUUUGUAUUCUCACUUCAGUAAAUAACCCUGCAAGUGUUUUUUUGUGCUUUUACACCAUGUACUGCAUUUGGUCAGUUAAGCCUAUAAGAAAAAUUACAAAUUAUGUAGGGGGGGGGGGGGUUUCACACUGCUGCCAACUUGGAAAGAUUUUAUUAACUUUCUAAUGUAUGUUGUUUUUUCCAAGUUUACUGCGUGAAAUAGAACACUGAAUACAAUUCCUUCAGGGCUAGAGGGAUUUUAAGUUCUAAUAUCUGUGUAUGUAUUUUUCUUUCCAUAGUCCUUUAUAUAUGUGCAAAUAACCAAUUGUAGUAUGUUUCAGAAAAUAAGUGUAAUGUUUACCAAUUGUAAGUAACCCUUAUCUAUACAGCUGCAGUGCUUCAGGUUUUCUCAAAUGAUUUCCUUUGGAUUAAGUGUACAUUAAAAACAAUUGCGUAUGGUAUUAAAAGGUGUGUUAUGUAAUUGUACACCUGCAUAUAGUGGAUUUGUUUACUACCUUGCUGGAGCUUUAGAAUGUGAAGGAGUGGUUAGUGAUUCUGGAUUGUUAUAAAUAUUUCCAAAAUGGAAUCAAGAAUGUAUUUUUCUUAUUGUCUAAUAGUGAUAAUAUGUAUUAUUAAGGUAUUUAUGUUUUGUCUGUUGAGAUUUCAUUACUGGUGUUAAUGUUCUAAAUUCUAAUGUAUUUUGGUCUAUUAUUGAUUUAUUCGUAGGCUAACUAUUUUAAGUCAGAUGGUUCUUUUUCAAAGGAAAUUGGUUGUAUGUGGGCUAAGUUAUAUAUCGCAUGCUUCUUGGCAGUUUCUUUGUCUAUUCAGUAGCAAACCCAGUGGUGGUGGGUAAUAAAGGGGUAUUUGUUUAGAUGACAGGCACAAAACAUUUGAACCAUGUAUCUAGUUUAAAUAUAUGAGAAUGAGAUUGUUUUAAAUUUACAUAACUUGUAAAUCUGUGUAGUUGGUAAUGUAUUAAAUUACCUAGGUUAGGGCAAGUUACUGUUAGUGAUGUUACAAUCAGUGAUGUGUAAUUCAGAUUAACUUGUUUACUCAUUCAUCAUUUCUGUUAUCACUGUUAACCUUAUUAAAGUUUUUGUUUUUCUAGCUAAUACACAAGUGAGCAAUUUUCAGAUAAGGUAGAGCAGGACUUGACAAAUUUGUUUAGACUCUAGGAGCUAGCUAAAAAAGUUAGGAGCUUUGCCUGGGGUCCAGUGGGGCUUCUCUCUCUUCCUGCGUGCGAGGGGGAAGUAAUCUACGUGCAGCUCCUCUCUGCUCCCCUUUAGUGAUGCCAAGGCCGGAAUGACAUCAUGUUCCAGCCCUCGACAUCACUAUACAGCACGAGGGAGCAUAAAGGAGCUGCAGGAGAAGAUCACUGCUCCCUCAUGCGCCGCCUCUGCCGACCACCUCGAUGCUCUCCAGGGUGGCCGGCCGGCUAGCUCCAAUGCUCCCUGUGCCGGCCAUCUACAUGCUCCCUAGAGCAGCCAGUUUGCUACAAUACUCCCUGAGCUCCCCAGGGCAGAUGGCUCCAUUGUUUGCCCAGCCGGACGCUUUAGGUAAAGGGCUGACAAAUCCCAGGUGCCAGAGUGAAAUGUGUAGUCGCCAUGGUAUUUAUCGAGCCCUGAGGUAGAGACUUUAUCAGUCUAGGCCAGUGGUUCCCAAAUCAGUGCUCAUGACCCAGCAGCAGUCCAGGUUUUGUCAAUAUCUCCAUUGGAAUUUAAAUGGGAAAUAUAUGAAUCUUGGAUUGUUGAUGUUGGUUUGGGAAUCACUGGUGUAGAGUAUCUCAUUCUACUCUUUGGGAUCUGAUAUUAAACAAUAAACCACAGUCCAGCAUAGCAUGGUCUUAUGUUAUUGGUAGUUCAUACCCAGCCACAGUUCCACUCAUCUGAACUGGUGAAUGUAGCUGUUGACUAAGCUGACAGCCAUACCUUGGCAAUAUGUAUGUAUUUCUGUCAUUGGGCUGUAGACCACAUUCUCCAGCACACAUUCUGUGAGCGCAACCGGAGGAGGCCAAGUAGCAGCCCGAGUCCCUAACCGAUGCACGGGUACGCACAGGCAACUUUAUAAUCAGUUGCUGUAGCACAUUAUAUUUGUACCAGUUUUUGCAAGUUACUCCAGUUAUAAGCAACUCUGUGCAGGGACACUGACUAAGGGUCUCCUUGCACAUAAUCUAUGCAGAGAGCAUGGUUUUACGGUUUUUAAAGUGGCCCUUUAAUGUUGGCCUUUAUGGCUAUAUAUAGGCUUUUCUCUUUUGCCUCUCAUUGCAUGAAGUCCCCAGAGAGCAAAUGAGAUCAGCUGGUGAUGUUAUUUGGAAAUUAUGUUGUCGAAGAUAGCUAGGUAAACCUGUAUAACAUUUAUACAUCUAACACUGGUGUUACAUAUGGUGAAUGUAUGCUGCAAUCCAGCAUUCUAAUAACUGCAUAUUAUAGUCUUGUAUCAUUCAUUAUUAAAAGGUGGUAGGAUAUUAUCAGCAACGAGCAGAUUGAGAAAUGGGUCAUUUAAGUGAAAAGAGGUAAGAUGUUGUAGCAACUACUCCUGUAUUUGUUUGUGUUAAAAUGUUGCACCCGUUGACAUUUCUCGGUUGCAAUGGCAAUCUGUAGCAUGUGAUUUGUCAAGCACCGUUAUACACCAUAUAUUCAAUAAGCAAUCCAAAUAAGAGCCUGUCAGUAUUUUGGUUCUUUCAGGGUUAUUCCCUAAACUGAAAUUUUCAGGAAAUGACUUGGAUUGCCAAUUUCAUGUCAAAAUAUUUGUGCUGGGAAAAUAACAGAAGAAUGUAUACUAAACUGUUGGUCUAAAAUAAGCAAUUUUCUUAUUCACUAAAAUUGCAGUUGUAGCAGAUAUAUCUGAUUGACGCAGUGGCAUGGUAAUUGUAGUCUACCUUUAUAAAAUACGUAGGGCUAUUUGUUACUGUAUUCUGGUUAGAAAAUUAAUAUAGUCAACCAAAAGCUCAAUGGCCAAAGUUGGGACACCCUUGACUUCAAGUUUGUAUCUUAAGGAAUCUGCGACUUCCCUGUCUUUUGGACAGAAUACUAUUUAUAUAUACAUAUUUGGUAAAGUGAGUGCUUCCUCUCUCUUCUCGUACACAUGUAUUUAUCCUAUUCAAUCUUCGUGUAAGCACUUAACUUUUUUUCAUUUUUUUUUUCUUUUCUUUUCAGGAAUAGCCCAAGGUCAGCCAUCAUCUGGAUACAGACAAUAUCCAUCAGCUCAAAGUGCAGCCCCUGCAUUCUACUCCCAAGUGCCGAGUAAAGUUGCUCCUUCGUACAUGGAUGGCCAACAUGGAGCUAAUUAUUACUCCAGCAGCUAUGCAGCUUUGCCCCAAAACCCUCCACCACAUCCUAUCCAUCCUAAUCUUGUGAGCACAAGUCAACAAUCACACCAGUUGUUUCACAUGUCACCUCAAGGUUACCAUAUUCCAGUAUCACAAGGAGUAGGGCCUUCAGCAGUUAAUGCAAAUCCUGGUUUCCAGCAGCCACACCCUGCAUUUGCUGGUGAAUAUGGUUAUGCAUCAUAUCCUGUCACUUCAUCAUGUCCACCUCAGGGAAUGCCCACUUAUUCUGGCGAAUAUGCAUCCUCCACAGCUGGUAGUACACAAUAUGCAGGAUCACUUCGACCGUCAGUCCCGUGUGAGUAUGGACAAAUGAUGGCCUCCCAAAGCAUUCAAGCCAUCCCUCAGGUCAAUAAUAAUGCAAAUAAGUUCUUGGUUGGGGGUGGCCCUUCAGUUCUUCAUCAUAAUUUGCAUCAACAUAGUGCACCAGCAGUGCCACGCGCAGAACAGCAAAGGUUCCUUGAUGGUCAACUGCAAAACCAUGGUGUCUCUUCACUUGAGAAACACCAUCCAUCGAGUACAGGUAAGAAUUGCAGACUUAACAUUGCCUUAUUGUGCUGGUAAAUAUUGUUUCAUGAUAUAUACAAAAUGUGGGGGGGGGGGCGGGGCCGGGCCGCCGAGCCGACUGGACGCCAUAUGCAUGGGCUCCAGCUCUAGGCUCGUGAGAAGGGCUCAAAAAGCCGACUUUGACCGCUGCAAUGCUGGAGCCAUCGCUACCGCUGCAUGGAGAGGGUUACCAGCUUCAGCCCGAUACCACGCAGGAAGCACAACACGCACCGGGUGAGCAAAAACGUCCACCCUCGGCCCACAAGCCGGACCUCGUGCACCCGCGAUGUGCAGCCAGACACCGCGGAGAGGCACUCUACGGGGACAGGAGAAGCCGCAUAAACUAAACCUCUGGUCAUGAGGUGAUACCCCAGCUCGGGGCACGGCCCCGCUCCCCCCCGGGCCGGUGGGGGUUAUCCCGGCAUCAUGGCGGCGGGUGCUCCCGCGCUCGGCCUAUGCCGCCCGCCUACACUAGCAAUGGCUGCAAGAAAAAACAGCCAGCUAGCAGAUAUGGACACUGCCAGGAACGCACCCAAAUAAAGAAGGAAGGAACGCAUGCAACCAUUUAAUGGGGCACUACAGCCCACACAAAGCCCCAAUUUUGGAAAGCUGCCGAGGAGGAUCCUACUAAAAAAUACUACUGCCGUUAAUCUGGUAGGAGAAAGACCACCUGCAUUCAUAAGGAACUGCUCCAACACAGCUCCACACACCCAGAGGACCACGGUAAAAUUUAAUAAAGGGGACCGGCAAGGACGGCUCAUGCAGGCCCAGGCGAUACUGAGCGCUAGGCGGGGCCUACACACCGCCCACACGCCGACCGGAGCAGUGAGUACCCCAGUCUCUGGGUAUGGGGGUCCCCGGAGAACCAUGUCCCAGAUGCCAUAAGCCCUGUGGGGAGGGAGUGCGCUGCCCUGCCGGCGGACCGGUGGCCGGGGGGGCUGGGUACCAGCCUUAAGAGUGAGGCCGGCACUGGGAGGGACACGGGAGUGCUUGCUCCAUAGGAAACAACGAGGUGCUGGGGAGGUGCAGGGGGCGGGAGAGUCACGGACUUUGGUGGUGGGGUCCAGUGGAUAAUCUCUGCUCCUGAGUGCCCACGGCGCCGAGGAGGACCUGGGCGGGGGGCGAGGUGGGGUGAACGGACGGCGGCUCGGGAACCUGAGGACUGCACCGUAGCUGAGACAUGUUGAGCCUCCCUCGGACUGCCACACAGCCUCCUCUCAAGUUCCAGCCAACCUUGCCUCUAUAUUGUUACGGUCCUUAUUACUGAUGUUGUUUGCCUAUAUACUUUAUUACAUAUAAUGCAUGACCAGCUACAGUUUAUAUUAGAUUGACGCAUUAUAGGAGGUUACUAAAUCCAUUUGGUUUCUCCUAUACAGAGCUACUGCUUCAGAUGCUCCGAUAAUUAUUAGGGCCCAUUUUAAUUAAUUUUUUUUUUAGUAUACGCCGGUUCAAGUAUGACGCACUCAUUAGCCCUAUGCAGACUGGAACCAUAACGUACCGCACAUCAAUGCCCCAGCGCAAAUCGUACACCUACAUACUUAGACUAUAUCUUACUACACAUAUUAGUAUCCAGUGCACUGGCCGCAGAUUAACUUAAAAUUACUGCACUACUGAGAUACUGCGACAUAAUGCGCUAGGUUCCCUGAUGGUGCAACGCUCUAAGAGUCUAAGAAAGUUGUAAUAACAAGGCUUAUCUAUACAUUGUGACGGCAGCAGGCUUACUUGAAUGCUAACCCUUCACGCACAUUACCCUCAAAACAUCGCGCCUUAAUACCCAUUACCUACAGCACAUCCCUGAUAUCUGUUAGAACCAAACUGUAACGGACCGUUUCUCUCACAAAGGGGAUAAAUCCGUUUAGGCGAUAAUCCCCUUUCCCAUAGACCAGCAGCUAUUGCAAUCACCAACCUCCCGAACUCCAAGCUGUACGAAUCCCCAACUCACGAACAAGAAAUACACGAACUCUGGAAGCAGCCGAACAGGAAAAGCAAUACGAACAGCUUACACUCCUGGCAGUCAGCACACAAUCCAAUUACCCCAAUAACAAGACGACACUUCGUUUUGAGGGUUAAGCAGAAUCUCCAGUGCUGGCACACCCAGCCUGGUUUUUAUUACAAUCCACAAAACAUAGUACAACCCACAGGGCGUUACAAAACAACCAAUCACAUCACAGUUACAUCCCACAUAUUCCCUCCCCUUAUCCUGAGAGGAAACUAAAUUAUACAUACAGUUAAAACAUACUUUCUACCCAACUUUCAUAACUCCAAAACCAUACAUCACAUUCACAUAAAAUUACAUAUUCACAAUCAAUCCAUUCAGGGGAACAACAUAUUCAAAAAUGGCACAAAUCAGACAAGGGGUUCAAAAGUUAGUAAAAAGUCCUUUGUGACUAAAUGAAGCAUGGCUUUCUGGCCCAAACCAGUUUCAGAGUCUUCUAUCCUGGAGAUAAGUAAUUCAAUUAUCUCCCAGGAUAGACACAGACUCCAUUAAGCACAUGGUUGCAAAAAGACACAAAACACUUUAAAAUACAUAAAGUCACCUUUACACAUAACACACAGACAUUUCACAUAUCCCCAGAUAGCUCAGGUCUGAGCGCACAUUAUUAAGUGAAUGGCGCUCAGACCACACGAAUACAGUUUAAUCGCCAUGGAGCCAAAGUCUUUACAGUCAGUUUCAUACAAAUGGGCUCCAUGGGAUUCCUAUCUGGGGUAUAACACAUUCAAACACAUCUACCGAACCCCAGGCAGAAAAGCACGAAUACAGCUUUUCUGCAGGCAAAAAUAAAGUCUUUUAAAAGGGGGCCAUAGUCAGAUGGCAGGAGGCUGGCAACCAGGCUUCUCCAGUGCACAGUGGCGAGGUUGGUUUCGCCACACAAACUAUAACAUAUCAUAUGCUGCAUUAAAUUCAAUGCCUGUAACACGUUCACAGGGUCGCAUAUACUGGCAAAUAGAAUCACAGGAUCAUUAAGCCCCGCUAACACCAACAGCUACGAGGCGCAAGGCCCGCGUAUAGCCAAGUUACUUGCUGACACAUGUAGACACCAGAUUACAUAUAGGCUUCAUAUGAUGAUGGUGAACCUAUAGAGUUAUAAGACUUAGCCUGGUACAGUCAUAAAUGUAAUUACAGAAGGUUAAUGCCUGCUGAUAAUAAUUCUGAUGAAAAUAAUAAGCCUCUGCGUAGGCAACUGUAAGCUUCUCAUCAUUGUCGAACUGUGCCUGACUUGUUUUAUGCUUAAAAUAAAAAUGAUUUAAAACAAAAUGUGACAAUCACAACUUGAGUGUACAACAGUGAAGAAAAAAUAUAACUAAAGGAACCCUUAAAACAUAGAAAAUGAUGCCCCCCCUCCCCCCCCAGGCAUGUUGUGCAUCUACCACCAACAGUUCCUUUCAAAGUUGAAAAUUAUUGUUCUCUACUGUUACCUGGCCACCUGCUGCUCAAACUACUUUGCCCGCUGUUGAGAUUACCGUACUUAAAACUGUAGCAGUAGGUAAGUUGGGUUGAGCAGGGCCCAAAUGGCCAAUCUGCCACAUAAAGAGUAAUAUUUUCUAAUAAAUACGUUUUUCAAAACCGUUAAAGGAUCACUAUAGGGUCAGGAACACAAACAUGUAUUCCUGACCCUAUAGUGUUAAAACCACCAUCUAGCCCCUCAUGCCUCCAUAAAUAUAGCAACAUCUUACUGUAUUCAAGCCAGAAGCUGUAACUCUGCAUGCUGUUUGCCCCAAAAAAAAAACAAGCAGUCACAGUGCUUCCCCAUAGGAUUGGCUGAGACUGACAAAGAGGAAGAUCAGGGGCAGAGCCAGCAUGAUUCAAACACAGCCCUGGCCAAUCAGCAUCUCCUCAUAUAGAUGAAUUGAAGCAAUGAAUCUCUAUGAGGAGUGUUCCUUUAAGACCAUAGAUAGGGUGUUUAGUUUACUAUAAAAUUCCAUGCCUUGCACAAAAUCAAGUGUGCCAAGUUACACAAUUCUUUAAUUGUAAUAACAAAGGGCUGAUCUAUCUCUUGUCGUGUGUAUGUGGUCUUAGAUAUGUGGGGAAAACCAUUCGCCCCUUUAAGAGGAGGGUAAUGGAGCCCAUACAUUCAGUCAAAAAUUUCAGAGAUACCCCAGUGUCAAGACACAUUAAAAGCGAUCAUCAUGGCAAUACAGAAGGGAUGAAAUUUGCAGGGAUUGAAAAGGUGCAUCUGGGUAAUAGAGGGGGUGAUCUAGAUCGUACCCUCCUCAAAAGAGAAUGCUUUUGGAUCUAUAGAUUCAACACUCUGGCCCCUAAUGGACUCAAUGAGGGAUUUACAUUUACUCCUUUCAUUGAUAAAUGAGUUAUUAGGAGUGAUAUUUAUUUAGUCUAUUAACAUCUUAGCUAAUGUAAUAUUUCUGUACCUGUAUAUAUUAUUGUAACUAAUGUCCUUACAAAUUAGUACUAUUUUAAUUAUGGACUUUAUUGGUCCAACCUUUCCUUUUGAUAGUAUCACUGUGAUAUUUCCAGUAUUUUGCUAUAAAUACAUUAGUCAUGGCAUCCUUUUAUUACUACCACAUAUCAGCAAGACAUUCAUGCCCUAUAGUCAGUUUACCUCAAGUCAUGUCCACCAUCAUUUUACAUCUUUAAAUCUUUAUAGACCUAGUAACUACAAAUAAUUUAACUUGUUUCAUACUGGUGUGACACUAAUAGACUAAUAUGUGCAAUACGAUCCGUUAUUUAAAUUUAUCUUUUUUAGUUUUUCAUUUAUAUUUUGGCUUCUGUCAUUGGACAUUGCAUAAUUAGUCCAUUUGCUAGAUUGUAUUAUAUUGUAUUAUAUUAGGAAAGCAAUGAAAUACUUGGAUUUAUGUGUAUUGGAAAUUCAGAUCAUCAUACAAAGGGUUAAUUCCCACUAUAUGAUUUAUCCAUCUUCCAGUGAUACGGACAUGGGUUGGCGGGACCUGUUUGAACGCCGAUUUUUUUUGUGCCAACGGGUAUUUACACGCCCCCCUAUUUCAUUGGUCUGUGUUAUAUAUAAAUACACCGGCCGGUGUUGGACAAUGUUUGAUGCCUCUGAUCAGCGCCGAAACGCGUGUUAGGCAGUCAGAGAGAGGGAACACUUAGUCAUUCUGCUUUCUAGCAGCUAUUUAGUUAUCCAGCUAGGAACUUCUUUUUCGAGGGUUGUUUGUGAACUGGUGGGUGGUGGCUGCUUUGUGCAUAUACUGUAUAUACUUCCUUUAUUAUGUAUGCAGUUUGAACCAGUCCAUGACACUUUAUUUAUUUAUUAGGAGCUCUAGAGUUCAUUAGCCAGGUCGGUUUAUUUUGGGACAUUGUAUUAUGUCUCUUUACUCUUUAGAAAGGGACACAUUCACCUCUGUCCCUUUCUGCCAGUGGAUAUUAGUUGUUUAUGUGUAUUCAUUUGUAACUAUUUGUAGCAAUCUUUAGUGCUUUCUAUUAGUUACACUUUGUGUCACUUCAGAUCAGGUUCUCUACCUUUUUUUGUGGCAGAGAUUUAUAGUCUAACUUAUGUUUGCAUUGGAGGGUUUUUCUAGGUGGUUUAUUCCAUUAUAUCAUUUUCCCUAUCUUUACUGCACUUCUUACGCCAGCCCUCUCACUUAUUAGUUUAGGUUAGGGUACGUUAUAUUGCUGUUCCAGCAUACUGAUUAUUACCACUAGGUGAUUCUAGUGGAUUCUAUACAUCCUAUUUUUCUAUCUGUUCCCUCUCUUUCCAUUUAAUUUUAUUUAUUUUUUUUGUAUAUAUUUUGUAUGUAUGACUUUAUUAUUUUUUCUCUAUUAAAGGUUAAGUUUUAAGCAUUCAAUCUAGGUAGGGGUUUUCUAUUGGGUUGACCUUGUGGGUCAAGGUAAGGAGGGUGUUUUUUCUUCUCCCUCCUUUUUCCCCUUUUCUCCCUUGGUCUUCUCCAUUUUUUUCUUUCAUCUUUAUUAAUACAUAUGUAAGGGUUGCCCCCUAAUUUAGGUUGCCCCGGACACACAUUCGGCUGAUUUACCUUAUUGGUUACCAGCUGCUCUUUACUAAUAAUAAUAAUAGCAACCAGGUUGUAGAAAUCUAUACAGGAGCUAUGUGCAGCAAAAUGAAUGUACCAUGAAGUGGGUUGUAGCCUGCUUUUGAACAUAGAAGACACACGGUCUGGUUACAGCAAGAUAUCAGAUCCACUUGUGAGUGGUAAGUAUCACUACUACUAAUGCUAGAUAAAACUGGUUCACAGAGAGUUUUUACAUAAAAUAAAAUAUUCCACCUUCUGUUCUCAGCCUUUUUGCUAACCUGACUUGGAUAAAUACAUUAAUGAAAUAUGAGUUCAAGUCCUUUUUAUUUGCAUUGUUUUAAAUGUAUUCAUUAUAUUUUAUUUUAGUGUCUUCGUCAUUCCCUGUGUCCAGGCAGAAUGCAGAUAGCAUGCAACAGUCUUUUGGAUUACCUUCAGUUACAUCCCUCGCUCAACACCCUACAGCUGGGAACCAGACAUCGGGAGCUCUAGUGUCUACUGCACAAUCUCCCCAUCCACCAGUACAAGAAGGUAACUGCAAAAACACUGCAGUAAACAUAUUAUUCAUCUUGUUGCCCCUAAUGUAAUUCUUAAAGGAACACUAUAGAGUCAGGAAUAAAAAUGUGUAUUCCUUGCCCUAUAAUGUUAAAAACACUAUAUAGGGUACCCCCCCCAAGAGUUAAACUCACCUUUUAUUCCAGCGCUGCUGGGUCCGCCAUCAGUUCUGAUGAUCUGCCCUUUUUGAGAUCAUCAGAACUGAUGAUAAUAGCCAAUCAAAUGAAAAUUAGUUUUUCGCAUCUUCUACGUAAUGAGUAAAAGUUCUGCUCCCAAAAAUCAAAUACGUGGUUAGACUUUUUUAAUUUAAACAAUGUGAGAAAAAGUUGAGUACAUAAUCACCUAGAGCUCAGAGCUAUAAUAGAAGGUGAAGAGAGAGAACAAACAGCUGAGCAGAGUCCUCAAAAGGGAAAAAUGCCAGCACAUAUUGGCCAUUAAUGUAGUCACAGGUGCCCUUCUCCAGCAAAUUCUUAAAGGACCACUAUAGUGCCAGGAAAACAUACUCGUUUUCCUGGCACUAUAGUGCCCUCAGGGUCCCCCUCCCACCGGGCUCUAGAGGGAGGAAGGGGUUAAACUCACCUCUUUCUCCAGCGCUGGGCUGGGAGCUCUUCGGCUGAAUGCGCAUGCGCGGCAGGAGCCGCGCGCACAUUCAGCCAGUCCAUAGGAAAGCAUUCUCAAUUUCCUAUGGACGCUGGCGUCUUCUCACUGUGAAAAUCUUUAAGCAAAGGAGAAAGCGGAUAUAGCAAACAAGAAUACUAAACACCAAUUACCCCUAGCCGCUCAUUCGCUCGUGCUACCCCAAGCCGUUCAUUCAAUCCCAUUACCCCUGGCUGUUCAUUCACACUCAUGAUCCCAUACAUGCACACUCAUAAUCCCCAGCCGUCUGUAUACAUCCAUUAAACCUAGCCAUCCAUGCACACCUAUUUAUCCCAGACAACAUCCAAUACCAAUUGGACCCAGCAAUCCAUGCACACUCAUUAAUCCUAGUGAACUUUCAAAACCCAUCAGCCCCAGCCAUUCAACAUACUUUCCAAAGUAUGACUCUCUCUGUUCCUCUACUUGAGCUGCAUUGAAAAGUUUUAACCCCUUAACGCCGUUACGGCGUUCUAUGCCAUCGCGGCUUUAAAGGGCUUUAAAGCCGUUGCGGCGGCAUAGAACGCCAUAACGGCUUAAGCCCAAACGCUAACUUUGGCCAGUGUUUGUGCCUAAGUGGCUACUAAAAAAAGACUAAACAUACCCCACUUUCAAUACCUUGGGUUGUCUACUUUUUCGAAUGGUAUGCCAUUAUGGGGGUAAUUCUCAUUCCUGGGCUACCACACAAUCUCAAAGGUAACAUUACUAAUCAGGCAAAUUUCAAUUUGAAAAUGGAAUGUUCUAUAUGUGACCCUGUAACUUACCUCCGCCGCGAUCCUCUUCUGGAGGGCUGCCUCACAGCCCAAGCAGCCCUCCCCCGGCGAAUGAGGACCCCUAUAGCUGGCUAUGGAUCUGCCAGCAGGGGGGCUGUCUGAAAUAUCAGACAGUCCCCCUGCUGGUGGGAAAUAUAAAAAAAUAAAAUAAACAUGUGUAAAAUUAAUUAAAUGUAUAUAUAUAUAUAUAUAUUAUAUAAUAUAUAUACAAGUAUAGUGGCACUCACCCUUUCAAUGAAUCAGUAAAAGACUGCCUUGGUGCAAUCCCACGCUGGAUAUGUAAAGCAAAAAGGAAAGAGAUGCACUCUCAGGUCUUUGUAAAAAAACUCGAUAUUAUUUAAUAACAGGUAACAUACAUCUGAUCGACGUUUCGACCUCUUCAGGUCUUCCUCAAGAUCUUCCUCCUGAUCUUGAGGAAGACCUGAAGAGGUCGAAACGUCGAUCAGAUGUAUGUUACCUGUUAUUAAAUAAUAUCGAGUUUUUUUACAAAGACCUGAGAGUGCAUCUCUUUCCUUUUUGCUUAUUAUAUAAUAUAUAUACAUAUUAUAUAUAUAACGUCAUACAUAGUGUAUUUUAAUACUAAUAUUAGUAUAUAUAUUAAUAUUAAAAUACACUUAGAAUGACGUUACAUAUAUAUUAUAUGUAUAUAUAUUAUAUAUAUAUAUAAUAGAUAUAUACACAUAUAUUAUAUAUAUAUAUAUAUAUGUAUAAUUACAAUAAUAAAUAAAAUAAUUAAAUAAAAUAUUGAAACAAAAUUUAAUAUAAAUUAUAUAUUCAUAUGCAAUUUCAUUCUAACUGUAUUUUGUUGUUUAUAUAUAUAUAUAUAUAUAUAUGUAUAUGUAUAUGUAACAAAAUACACUUAGAAUGACAUUCUAUAUAUAUCUAUCUAUAUAUAAAAUACAAAUAACCGCAAAUAUAAAUAUAUAUAUAUAUAUAUAUAUAUAUAUAUAUAUAUAUAUAUAUAUAUAUAUAUAUAUAUAUAUAUAUAUAUAUAUAGAUAAAUACAUAUAAUUACAUAAAAGAUUACAUUAGUAUACACGUAGAAUUUAAAUACCUAUAAAUGCAUAUAUAUUAAAAUUCUACAUGUAUAUUUAAGUAAUCUUUUAACAUAAUUAUGUGAUUUGAUUAAUUAAAAUUUGAUUGACAUGCCUGACAACACAGGGAGAAAGUGCAGAGAAUUUAAUUCGCAAGCACUAUAUUUGACCCUGUAACUCUCCAAGACACCAUAAAACCUGUACAUAGGGGGCACUGUUUUACUCGGGAGACUUCGCUGAACUCAAAUAUUAAUGUUUAAAACUGGUAAAUUGUAUUACAACGAUGAUAUUUUAAGUAAAAGUGACGGUUUUUGCAUUUUUUACAAACGAACAGCACUUUUAUGGACUAUAUUAUUGUUGUAAUAUGUUUACUGUUUUAAAACACUAAGAUUUGUUGUUUAGUGAAGUCUCCCGAGAAUAACAGUACCCCCCAUGUACAGGUUUUAUGGUGUUUUGGAAAGUUAGAGAGUCACAUAUUAGGCUUGCAUUUCGUUUUUUUGACAUUGAAAUUUGCCAGAUUGGUUAUGUUGCCUUUGAGAGCGUAUGGUAGCCCAGGAAUGAGAAUUACCCCCAUGAUGGCAUACCAUUUGCAAAAGUAGACAACCUAAGAUAUUGCAAGUGGGGUAUGUCCAGUCUUUCUUAGUAGCCACUUAGUCACAAACACUGGCCAAAUAUUAGUUUUGCUUUUUUUCACACAAAAACAAAUAUGAACGCUAACUUUGGCCAGUGUUUGUGACUAAGUGGCUACUAAAAAAGACUAAACAUACCCCACUUUCAAUACCUUGGGUUGUCUACUUUUUCAAAUGGUAUGCCAUUAUGGGGGUAAUUCUCAUUCCUGGGCUACCACACCAUCUCAAAGGUAACAUUAAUAAUCUGGCAAAUUUCUAUUUGAAAAUGUAAUGUGCUAUAUUUGACCCUGUAACUUUCCAAAACACCAUAAAACCUGUUAAUGGGGGGUACUGUUGUACUCGUGAGACAUCGCUGAUUACAAAUAUGUGCAUUUUUUUGCAGUAAAACCUAACAGUAUUAUGACAUUAACAGCUAAAAUGUCAGACGGAAAUACAAAUUUUAAAAAAAAUCUUAUUUUCUCAAUUUUUUUUAAAUUUUAUUCAUAAUAAAUUAUGUUCCAUAUAUGAAUAGUUAAUGAUAAAUUAAAGCCCUGUUUCUCCUGAACAAAAUGAUAUAUAAUAAGUGUGCGGGAACUUAAUGUGACAGCGGUUGGACAGACAUGUAGCAAAUUCCAGUUUUUGUUUACGUUUUGUUUUGAUCAGAACGUGCACUGUUGACUCCGUCCUGAAGGGAUUAAAUAGUUUACUUCGUCUCCUAUUGUUGCAACUUAUUUUUGUGCAGGAGCAAAUCUUUAACAGAUAUUAAAAUAGCUAACAAUGUACAUGAUAAUGUGUGAUCUGUAACCAAGCAAAACUUGCACAGAUCAUAGAAAUAACUGAUAAAUUGCAAGUAAAAUUUAAAGUAAUUCUGAAGAACUUUGCUGUUGGAUGUAAAUCACAAGUAAACGGUUUUACAAUUGCAUCAUAGUAGAUACCUAACUAGGCAAGGUAUUUACUAUGAUCCAAUUGUAAACAGGGUAUGUGAAUUAACCACAUGUAAUUAAAGAGCGUGCAAUAUGGAAACCGUUUACUUUUUAUUACGGGCAUGUAAAUAGGGCUGCAAGUAAGUUGUCAUAAAAUGUUUAAGUUUAUUUCCAUUAAAAGCACUGGGGCAUCAUCCCAUCAGUAACCUCAGUAUUCUUAAUCUUUGCACAGCUGUAGAAUUAUUUGAUGAAAUAAACAUUUUAUAAAGGUUUUUAUAAAAGUUUUACCCUUCUUGAAGCGUACAAAGGCAGGAAGGAAAAGCUUUGAUCUCAUACAACAUUAUGGUGUUUUUGUUUUGUUUUUUUAUAAAUGUUUGAAUUGAUCUAGGAUAUGGCUUAAUGUUGUAAGUGAUGAAGUUGCCAUAGUUUGUGUCCUGUUGUAGGUCCUGAAAUUCAGCAUUGUGGGGGAGGCCUUGCAUAAUGAUUCUCUGCUUUCCUGUCAGUCUGACCAUUCUUGUCUUUUGUGCUUUCUGUACUCUACAGGCAUGCAGUAUGCUGGAUAUGUCAAUAAUCAAGCUAACUCUGCACCAUCUCCCUUGUCAUCCAGCUCAGACGAUGAUGAGGAAGAGGAGGAUGAUGAGGAAGCAGGUCUGCUUUAGCUUUUUUACGGUGUCUAGCAUGAUCCCAUAUGACUGUUCCUUUCUCUCUUCUUUUUUUCUGGCCCAUGUACAAUUACUAACUUUACUGACCUAUUUUACUGGAAAAAUUUGCACAAGGCUCCUUUUGUGUAUAGCACUGUUAAAAAUGUCGUUCUCUACAGUUUGGUUGGUUAGUUUAUUCUUUCUUCUGUUCCAGAUUAUAAUGGUAUACCUGUUGUUUGCGUGAGGAAUAUGGUGGAUUUCCUUGGUUAUCCCUUGUAAUUUUGUUUCUCUUUAUAAAAUGGCAGUCAAAGUGUUAGUUGCAGGAACUUCUGACCGUGAUCAAACCAUGCGCCCGAAAUAUAAUGAAAUGUUCAUCCAUUCUUUUCAGUGAGUUGAACAUAAAACUCAUCUGAUUGUCUGAACUCUUACAAACUUUAAUUAUCAUAAAUCCUCUGAAAUAUUACAUUCUAAGUGUAUUGUAUUCUGAGAUUUGUAUUGUACACCUUAGGUUCCACCCCUCUGGUGUGGUCCAUCAGGGGUACUUUAAGGUAAGAAUUAUUUCAAAUGAUUCUCAUCUGUUUAAUUUGUGUCUUAAAGGCAUACUCCUAGCACCAUAACCACUGCAUCUCAUUCUAAGAUAUCAAACAACAUUAGAAUGUCACCAGCAGAAGAAGCCAGAUGUCUCCAUGAAACAAGGCAGGUCCAAUGCUGGUUGCGAGUGCUUAGCUAAUGUGGUAGUCUUUUGCUUUAGAGACAUCUGGCUUCUCCAGAAGUAGGGGUGUUGGGUGCUUGGAGUGUUUCUUUAAAAGGCUCUUCAGGGCUACAAUCCUUUUUUUAUACAUAAUCAAGAUAGUGUAUUAAAAAUAUGCAAAAUCAACCAAUCACAAAUAAUAAUAGUAAUAGAAAAAGUUAAUGCAUUAACAAUAAUUUCAUAAGGCUCAGAUUUUCAGCAAUUCUCUGUGGGGACUUCAUCAGAAAUCAGCUUGCUCCAAUAACUUUCUUAUUGAAAGUGCUGACUUAAUCCACUAUCUAUGCACAGCUGAGAAUUAUGGGCAGAACAUGGGUUUGCAUGAAUUGUAGUUCGGUUUUACUGUGCUUCAUGAUGACAUGGGCCUCUUUGUUAUUGGAGAAACAGUGCUGUUUAGGAGGGAGGGACAGAAAGGGAGCUAUUGGACAACAUAUGUAUGUACAAUAACUAGAAGGGGGACAGGCUAGACAGAAUGCUGCAAAUGUGGGGUUUUUCUGGUUGUUUUUGUCUCUCAUUGAAAUACUUUACAAAACAAAGCAUGCAAAAUAAUAGCUAAAUAUUUAUGCUAAAAGCUGUAUAAUUGCUUAAAAGUUGUAAUGGUGCCUGGAGUAUCCCUUGAAAUAACAUUUUUUUUUCUUCUGCUCAAAAAUCUAAAACUGGAAAACAAAUCAAAUACUUAGUAAAUAUAGGGUAAAAUUGUAUAGCACAGUAAAUAUUUUGUGCUUUAAGCUUACUUUGGGCAGUUGCAAAGGAUUUAUCGUGAAUGCUAAGGGACAGUGCAUUUAGUGGGAACAUUUAAGAAUAGGCCACAUGUAGCCCCUUGCUCAUGUGGCAAAAGACAAAAUAUAAGGUAUAUGUUUCCAACACAUCUCCUUUACUCUAGGGAACCACCAUAACAACUCUAUCAGGCUCCCACAGAUACAAGCCACUUUGCCUACUUCGUGAUGUACAAAUUGUUCUUCAUAGUGGAGCAAUAUUUAUGUCACUGGUGCUAGCUCAUAUCUAGUGAGGAAAUUAAUUUAAAAGAUCGUUAUGACAGAUUGAAACAAAAAGUAAUAGUCCAAAAUUUCACACUUUCUCAAAUGUGUGUUAAUUUUAGAAACUGAAGAAAUGUUUCUUGCCUGGUUUUUAUUUUAGAAUAUACAUAGUCUUAAUAUUAAUCAUCUCCUUGUAUUUUAUUUUAUUUUUCUUCAAUAUAUACAGUUUUGUGAAGGAACACAUAGCAACUAUACUACAGUAGCUUAGCGUAGAGAUUAUGUUGCUUAGAGUCUCUCUGGGGGUUGCAUCCUUCGGCUCUUCAUCAUGCUCAAAGAUCACCCUACCUUCAACAGCAUUAAUAAUGCAGAAUUAUCACUUCUGUACUAUCAGUGUCAAUUUUGACCAACUUGAAUGACAUUGGUACGUGGAGAGCAGAUACUGGUAUCCAGGUUGUAGAAAAUUAAUAUUAUAAUGCAGAAGAAGAAAUUCUGCAUUAUAAGUGCGUCUGUGGAGUUGGUGGCCUUCAAGGGGCUGGGAAGAGCAUUGUUGUUUGUCAAACUGCUCUUGAAGAGAAACUAUAGGCACCUAGAUCACUUAACACAGCAUCUAGUGGCUGUUAUACUGAAAAAUAAAACUCUGCUAUAUCAAUUAGAUGGUCCAAUAGCGACCAUCAGAUUGGCCCACUAUUUUGCUGCACAUGUGCGCUAGCCUCCCAUUGCUUUCCUUAGGGAAAGCAGUGGUUAGGCUGAUAUCAUAAUUAUUAUUAUUGCCAUCUAUAUAGUGCCAACAGAUUCCGUAGCACUUUACAAUGUUAUGAGAGGGCGGAUUUAACUAUAAAUAGGACAAUUACAAGAAAACUUACAGGAACGAUAGGUUGAAGAGGACCCUGCUCAAACGAGCUUACAGUCUAUAGGAGGUGGGGUAUUAAACACAUUACGACAGGAAAUAUCAAUCAAAUAAGGGGGGAGUGAAGCAGCGCUGGAGGAGAGAGUAAAGUGCCGCCCUAUAGGAGAGGGCAAGAAACAAGUGUGUAAGGUAGAGGUUACUCUGAGAGGUAAUAAGCUUUCCUAAAGAGAUGGGUUUUAAGGCACUUCUUAAAGGAUUGAAGACUAGGGGAGAGUCUGAUGGGGCUAGGCAGGCCAUUCCAUAGGAAGGGAGCCGUGCGCGAGUUGGCCGUACGGGUGUGAGCAGUGGACACGAGGUGGUCACGGGCAUGAUCUCUGCAUUGGAGGUGGGACCAGCCGCGGAGAGAGCAGCGUGGGAGAGAAGGUAAGUUACCUUUUCUUGCACUUGGAGAAUGUGGUUGUAACUAAACAUUUAAUGGACACUAUAGGGUUAGUAGUACACAUUUGUAUUCCUAAUCCUACAGUGAUCCUUUAACUAGAUUGACAUAAAACCAGAGAAUAGUGUGCAGAGGCCUAGGCGACAGUUAUUGAAAAAACUAGCAGAUGAAUGGACAGAUAUGUGUUAAAAUAUAAAAGCUUUAUUCAACCCCCAUAGGAACUUUAAAAUUCUCACAUAAAGAUAUUUCUGUAUCCAAAAUAUCUGUUCUAUGUCUUAGUAGAUGCAGUCCGGGGACUGUAUAGUCUACGCAUUUUGUAUUAAAACUAUACUUUGUCUUGACAAAGUAUAUUGAAUUGCCAAAAACAAAACUGAUUCAUUAUUAAUAAAUGAAAUGUUUCUGCUUGUUUCAUGAUGCAUUGAUCUAUUUCAUGAUUGGUAAAAUGUGUUUGUACUCCCUAAGUUGAGCAAAGGUUGCUUGUUGAGUAAUUGCUCUUUUCAGUUUAAAGGGACACUAUAGUCACCAGAACAACUACAGCUUAAUGUGAUUGUUCUGGUGAGUAUAAUCAUUGCCUUCAGGCAUUUUUAUGCAAACACUUCUUACAUUGCCUCUAGGGACACCUCCAAGUGACCACUCCUCAGAUGGCCACUGAAGGUGCUGAUUGGCCAAAACAUGUUUGGUCCCGCCCCUGGCCAAUUUUAGCCAAUCCAAUGCUUUCUCCAUGGGGCAAUUUUGAUGUCACCAGGGGGGCGGGGCCAGCGCCAGCAGACCCGUGGAGAGCUGGAAAUAAGGUGAGUUUUCACUAUAGGGUCAGGAGUAUAUGUUUAUGUUCCUGACCCUAUAGUGAUCCUUUAAGUAAGUUUUUAGCAAACAUAAAUUCACUGAGAAUACAAUUGACGGAAUUCACAAACAAUAGUGAGUGGUCCCUCUGAGCUCACGUGCAGUGCUAGCGUCCCUUUGAAAUCAGUAGUUAAAGGACCACUAUAGGCACCCAGACCACUUCAGCUUAAUGAAGUGGUCUGGGUGCCAGGUCCAGCUAGGAUUAACCCUUUUUUCUAUAACAUAGCAGUUUUAGAGAAAUUGCUAUGUUUAUAAUAGGGUUAAUCCAGCCUCUAGUGGCUGUCUCAUUGACAGCCACUAGAGGCGCUUUCGCGCUUCUCACUGUGAUUUUCACAGUGAGAAGACGCCAGCAUCCAUAGGAAAGCAUUGAGAAUGCUUUACUAUGGACUGGCUGAAUGCGCGCGGCUCCUGCCGCGCAUGCGCAUUCAGCCGAUGACGUCGCUGAGGAGGAGGAGAGUUCCCCGCCUGGCGCUGGAGAAAGAGCUUAAGUUUAACCCCUUCCUCCCCCUAGAGCCCGGCGGGAGGGGGACCCUGAGGGUGGGGGCACCCUCAGGCACUAUAGUGCCAGGAAAACGAGUAUGUUUUCCUGGCACUAUAGUGGUCCUUUAACCCAGCGAGGUGUUCUUGGGGACACAUGCAUUCAUCUGCUUAAUUAUUGUUCAUUUAGUUAAUUUACUUAAUUUUCUACUUACAUCACAUUUAAAUGUCAAAAGGUACCAUGUUAUUAACUAAAACUCAGUUUGGUGAAUGGAACCCUACAUUAUUACAUGAUUUAUUUGCUACACUUAGAGCUGGUGAGAUUAAAGCAGCUCUGUCUUGGCUUUUUUUGGCGGUGGAGGUGAGUUAAACAUGAAACUGCAAGUAGUUUCACUGGUGGCUGUCUGGAAUAUUAGAGGCACUGCCACUAGAGGCAGUAUUUACAAUGCAAUGUAAACACUGCGUUUUCUUUAAAACUGCAGUGUCUUACCUAGCUUAGUUAAGGGGACAUGGGCACUGAACCCAGAGCACUUAAUUUAGUUGAAAAGUUCUGGGUGCCUAUAAAACAAGAAGAAGAAAAAAAGGAUUAAUUUAAAAGUGAAACCUGCAAAGUGACAGAACUGCUUUAAGACCACAAUAACUAAGCUGAAAAAAAGCAAACUCAAUCUGUUGCAAGAUUAUCUUUUAGUAAUACCUUGUGAUUAUAUUUCUUCAAAUUACUACUUCUGUUCUGCAGCAAAAUUGAUGUUCAGAGAUUUAAAAUUGUUCACAUUUAAAAUGAAUGGAAACAACAUGAAUCCUGUAGAAAUGAAUUGCACUGACCAGACAAGUGCCACGGAUAUGUAAUAAUAAUAAUAAUUAAAAAAAUUAUUUAUAUAUAUAUAUAUAUAUAUAUCUUGAUAUCCAUGUAUUACUAGGUAUUGAUGAAAGUUCCUCCACCACCAGCAGUUCAUCCUCAGAGCCGAAAAAUUAUGAUGUCCUUGAAGGGGGAGGUUACACAGGUAACUAGUUCUUUAUGACCACGGUUAUAAUCAUGGUGCCAGUUGAAUAAAAACAGGUACAGGGUUCUUUAUUAAUGUGAUAGUUGUCCUGAAUGAGAGUGAAUUUCAAAUUUAAGGCCAAAAUAGCUAAACUAGAGAAAUUCUACAAGUCACCUUGUUUUCAAUUGGCCUAUUUUGUUCUAAACAUUCACUUUGAAUUCCUGGUAAUUGUCAUGUUAGUAACUAAUUCUAAACAUAUUCAGUGGCUAAUGCCUUUGUCAUAACUGCCACUUUCCUAAUUUGUUGCUUGUUUUAUUGUUUACAUCUUACUCAGGUUAGAGGACAUACUUGACAUACAUAUAUUUGCUUCUAAUUUGUUAUUAAAGGCUUUGUUUCAAUAGAUAUAAAAUUUAAAAGUGUUUAGAGUGCAAAUAUCAUGCAAUACCAUCUUCAAUUUAAUGGAACACUCCGGUGUUAUAAAUAUGCUGGGGUGUUCUGUAGUGGAUUUCUGGGUUCCUCCUUUCAUGUAAAAAAAAUAUAUAUUUUUACGUCUGCACCAGCUUUGAAAGCAGUCUCCUUGUUACAUCUCCACACGGCCUCUGGUGGAUCUUCACGAGUGAUCGUUGCUCUGCCAAUACAGGAUGUCUGAUAAAGAAGCAUUGGGAAACAUUGUGCAUGCGUAUCAAUGCCAAAGAAACAUUAAAUCCAGUGUGUCUGAAGUGUCUUUUCCACCUUGAGGUGAAAACGUUUGAGGAAGAGAUGGCAGGAUUCAAAUAAAGAGUUUUAUAAAAGUGCCGAUAACUCUUUAAAUUUAAUUAUUUCGCGACAGAUGUGGAGGUCCCUUUUUUUUUCUUUAAUAGUUUUUUUUCUAGCAAUCUAAAUACUUGCUAGCAAUUCUGAAAGGUACACUUUAACAACAUUUCUUAGAAGAUGAAAGAAAGGGUUAGAAACCUCCUUUUAAUAUUUUUUUUUUUUUUUUCAUUUAAUUGGGUAAAGCAAAGAAAGUGGUAACUAUCUUUUUUUUUUUUUUUUUUUUCAAAUUAGACCUAGGUUAAUUUUAGAGGGCACUCAAAUUAAGGGUUGCUUGUGAUAAACUUUGGAAGAAAACACAUUAAUGGCUUGGUAUAGUCAGUAAUUAUUGAUCAUUUUAUUAAAAGCAGCAUGAAUAAUUGUUUUGUAUUUCUAGAGGCACCACCGAGUGGCCCAUCUCUUACCAAUGUCUCCAAACCUGCUAAGGCAAUUGGCCAUGGAUACCCAGCACUUCAACCUGGCUACCAAAAUGCCACACCACAACAGAACUCCCAGUCUAAUACUCCUGUUCACCAGCCUAGCUAUUCACAGUAUUCUACGGUAAGAAACUUGUUGUUACAGUAAAAUAAGCCUCUGAUGCAAAAUGAACACAGUCAGUAUGGCUGCAUGUACUUGACAAGCCGCAAAUACAUUUUGAAACCAUUUCUAUGAAUCCUUUAUUCAGCACCUAAAAUGUCACUUUGUCUCGCAUCGCAUGGCAGGAACAUCCAUGCUUCCCCUCGCAGGCUCUGCCAAAGUCACAUGUGCCUGGAGCUAGUUACACAAGUGCCAAUUACCCUGUAAGAACAUCAUUUCAAGCAGAAACGCUGCACAUACCAACUCCUGCAACCUUGACCACUUCAAAUCACUAAAAUGGUCACUAUGGUUGUAGUAACCCUUUAAUGUGAAAUGGUGAUUGUAUAAUUAUUUUACUCCUAAUAUGAAAUAUUCAAGAGUUUUGUUUUUUUGAGAAUUUUAAAACAAUAAGCCUUAAAGGGAAACCAGAACUACAGCUUAAUGUAGUUGAUCUGGUGAGUAUAAUCAUUAUAGGCAGGCAUUUUCAUGCAAACACUUACAUUGCACUUAGGGACACCUCCAAGUGGCCACUCCUCAGAUGGCCACUGGAGGUGCUUCCUGGCUCAGUGCUGCACAGUAGGCAGCUCUGCUGUUCAGCAUCCCCACGCUCUGCAUGGGGACGCUGAAUUUUCCUCAUAGAGAUGCAUUGAUUUAAUGCAUCUCUAUGAGGAGGUGCUAAAUGGCCAAAACGGCGUUUGGCCCGACCCCUUGCCAAUUUUAGCCAAUCCAAAGGUUUCCCCAUGGCAAAGCAUUGGAUUGGCUUAAAAUCUGCAAUUCUGAUGAUGUCAUCAAUGGGCGCGACGCUGGGAAUGCGGUGAGUUUCAUUAACAUGUAAGGGGAGGGGGGUCAAGCCACCUAAAUGGGGCUUAAAGUGGGUUUUGCACACUAGGUUCAGGAAUACAUGUUUCCUUUAAGGUAAUGAUUAAAAUUUUGUAUCUUUUUAUCUUUAGUAGUUAUAAAGGGACUCUCCAGUGCCAGGAAAACAUAUCCGUUUUCCUGGCACUGCAGUACCCCUCUCCCUCCCACCACCCAUUCCAUGUUGUUGAAGGGGUUAAAACCCCUUCAAUGACUUACCUGAAUCCAGCGCGAUAUGCCUCGGUGCUGGGUCAGGCUCAGCCCACGCCGAUGUCAGCCAGUGGGGAGACCUAAUGCGCAUGCAAUGCUUUCCUAUGGGGAUUCCAGCGACGCUGGAGGUCCUCAUGCAUACUGUGAGGAUGUCCAGCAUCGUUUAAAACACUUUUCGUCUUCUAAGAUCACGGAAGUCCCUCUAGUGGCUGUCUAAUAGACAGCCACUAGAGGAGGACUUAACCCUGCAAUGUAAUUAAUGCAUUUUAUAAAAACAGGGUUAAGGGUGGUGGGAGUUGGCACCCAGACCACUCCAAUGAACAGAAGUGGUCUGGGUUCCUGAAGUGUCCCUUUAAGUCCAGAAUAGUCUUUCCAGGUGCCCCUUACAGUGAUUGCUACCCAGUGGUAGUUAGCGCAUUUCCUGUCCCCAGAUGUUUGAUGCUUUCAAAAAAGGAACACAUUUUAUGGAAGAACGUGUGUUAACACUGGUUAGCUCCAUCCUAAUCUAUUCACCCUCUAAGAUGCCCGUAUUCCAGUGUCCAACAUUAAUGUAUGGUAUGGUUCCCUGGCUUUCACACUUACCAUCCAGCUAGCACUCUCAGCAGCCCACUGGUAAAGCAUUGGGAAUUCGCUGGGCUUUGAGAAAGGGAAGGCAGGCAGCUGCCUGGAUGUCUGGGGGCAUGCAAGGGAUUGUACAGAAAGUUGUGAACCAAAAAAUAUAUUACAUACAUUUUUACUUUCCAAAGUAGGUCACUUAUAAAGGGAUCUUGUUGCUUUACUAUCUGUCACAGGCACAUAUGGCUUUGUUCUUUAGUUAUGGAUUAUAAGGAUCAUCCAGGCUCAGCCAUGAAUCUCCUUAAAUAGGAGAGUAACAUGCACAAGACUUUGGUCCUGCUUAUGUGUUUGUCAGUUUCCUUGAGUGUUUUUUAAAAAUAUUAUCUUUUCAAGUCCCAUGCUGCAAUGGGGGUGGCAUUUCACCAUUCUUGAAAACUAAUGCAUGGUGUAGCUAAUUGUCUUCAGCUGCCACUAUUAGGUCAGGCCCUGGAUUUAUGAGAUCAUGGAAAUAAAAUACAACACGAGUAUAGCAAAGCUCAAUAGCACAUAGUUGGUAAAAUAAUUGCAUCUCAGGAUCAUGGUAACCUUCAAACUAGUGAUUUUUAUUAGGCCAUCUCUCAAACGCUGCAAAGGCUUUCCCCCCUCAAUUUACCUUCUCAUGCUAAAAUUGUAUCUAUACUUCGUUGCUCUUGUUUUUUUGUUAAUGUUUUUUUUCCUCCUCCCCCCUUCUUGUAUAUUUCUGCUUGACAGCAUUACAACCAACUGCCAGCUUCUCUUGGAGGAUUAAGUCUUCAACAGGCUCAACAACCAGAAGGCCUGCGACCUGUGAACCUAAUUCAAGAUAGGAAUGUCCUCCCUACAUCAACCUUGCCUGCUCCAGCUCCUAACAUGAGUUUGGACCUUAGAAAGUUAAACUGCAAUCCAGAGUAGGUAUUCUUCAUCAGUGAACAAAAUCAUUUUUAAUAUUUGGUUUUAAUGUAAAGAAACUAUAAUUACAUAUAAUCACAUUUCUGUACUUGUAAGAAGUGAAAAAUAAUUAAAUGAAAAAUUCACGUCUCUAAGCUGCAUUCAUAAAGGAAGCUUGUUUUCCAGGCACUAUGUAGUCCUUAGGUCCCCCCCAUUCUCCGCUGGGCUGAAGGGGUUAAAACCCCUUCAGCGCUGGGCUCCCUCCCCAAGAGCCGCACACACAUUGAAACCUAUGGACGUCAGCGUCUUCUCACUGUGAUUUUCACAAUGAGAAUCACGGAAGUGGCCGUCAGUGAGACAGUCACUAGAGACUGGAUUUUAACCCUCAGUGUAAACAUAGCAGUUUCUUUGAAACUGCUAUGUUUUCAGCUGCAGGGUUAAAACUAGAGGGACCUGGCACCCAGACCACUUCAUUGAGCUGAAGUGGUCUUGGUGACUAUAGUGGUCCUUUAACUUCGUGUCAAUCCGUGUUAUAAGUCCCUUCCUUUGCAACUGGCAGGUAGCCUUGAGAAAGCAUACAGAGAAGAGGAGAAAUGAAACAAUGUUUAUAUUUCUCAUCUCUAGUGGCAAUGCUUGCCCGAACUUUGCCUUGUCUUAACUAGAUUUUAGAAUUUGGGAAUCUGUGGAUUUUUUUGUGUUUUAUUCACUGGUGUAAAUUCCAGAAAAGUGAUAGUUUUUCUUUAAUUAUUAACUUUGUUGCUGCUUAAGUGACACCCAACUCUAUUAGUAGUUGUAGCAGGUUUUGGUCAUUUGUUUCUCGAGACUAAUUAAGGGGUCUCCUGAAAUUGGCUUUUUUUUUUUUUUAUCUUGUAUUCACUUUUUGACGGAAAGUACAGGAUGUUAUUGUAUUUAUUAAAACUGUAAACAACCAAUAUUGUUGUCAUUUAUAUUUGAAACCAAAUAUCAAAAUGUGAGGUUGUGGUUCUAUGAUUCAGCCCAUGAUCCUCUGUUAUGUGAGGGUAAAUAAUACUUGAAUAUCCCUGUGUAAACUGGGAGAGUAAUUGUCCCUCCCUUUAACAAACCCAUGAAGAUGUGCUGCUACAAGUUAGUCAACUAUCAAUCAAAGGCAAUGAGAAUGUUAGUGCUUUAAUAAAGGCUGUUACUUGAAUUCCUUUGUAUUAAUGGAAAAGCAUUUACUCUUUAAUAACCUUCUUAAUAGCAAAGAGUUACUUAAACUUCCGCUAAUGCUUUAAACCCGUUUUGGCAGAAAUAUACUACUUAUGUGUGCACAAGAUUUUAAAUAAGCUAUAUUGUGCAUGAGUUUAUUGUGCAAUGAGUCAGUUACUAUUCGUUCGUCUCUACUCCACUUCCAUUUUUAAACCUGUGUUUGUUUGUUCCUGCCAAUAGGUAGCAUUUAAAUUAUUCUUUUUUCCUAUUUGUAGUUAUUUUAGAUGCACACUUAAUGGUAUUCCACAUACCCAAGCUCUGUUGAAUAAAGCCAAGCUCCCACUAGGACUACUACUUCAUCCUUUCAAAAGCAAACCGGUAAGCAAAUCUCUUACACCAUUUUUUUUUUUUAAUAAUUCUUAAUGCAGGGAGUAACACUUGUGCUUGCAGUGCCACGUUAUCAGUAAGAAGUAUUUCGAAAGUGUACAAUAUCAAGGCAUAAGAAACAGUUGCACCUUUUUUUUUUUGUAAUUAGUAGUAUAGCACCUAUGAGUCUUAGAGAAUGCUAAAAUAGUAAGGAGAUCACCAGGCGUAACAUUGCUAACAAAUCUCAACAAAAUACUAGGUCUUCUGUGCUUGUCAGCUAAUAAAAGGAACAUACCACGCUAGUAGGAUAGAGCUGGCUGUCAUUGCACAAUAUGAGAUUAGUGAAACAGGCUCAUGCAGGGCAUGUCCAUGAAUGGGUAUGUAUUCUUAGCUUAAAGCCUGGGCAUAUAUCCUGGUAUUUUAGUUAACCGUUAAUAUACUUGUUUGUGCAGGGUAUGGGUGGGACAUAGUCAACUUGUGCAGUAACUGUUACGUGCUAGCUAACUCCGUGUAGGGUGGUUGAGCUGUCCUGCUACGGUUAGGUCUACUAACAGGGGUUAAGUGCCCUACUGUGGACGUGGCUCUGUGUGUUGCAUGAAUUAUUGCUAUGGAGGUAGCUAUAACAAACUGAAAGCAGAUCUAAUAAUAUAAUAGGAAAACAACAAUUUUAACUGUGUCCUGAGAGGUUCAAAAUCCUCUAGAGAAGACGGGUUGCAGUAGUUCGGGAAAGGCAGUUCGUGAUGCCACUUAGUUGAGUGAGUGUUGCCCGUUGCCCCCUUUUAGGUGGUGACUGAGGCAUAAGCGUCUGGCGUGGUGCUUCGUGGGAUGAACGGGGCGAUUCUUGCUGGAUCCCAGUUGCAGGCAGGAGAGGUUAGGUCGUGGGAUCUCUCUUGGAUGAGUGAGUCUUGUGGUAGGCCCAGGGUUCGCAGGAGAUCGGCUGCAUCCUGAAUGCCUUGGAUUGGGUGUGUAUCUCCAUGCUGUACGAGGAGUGUUUGGGAGGGCCGCCAUCGGUACCGUAUGUUUUGUCGCUGGGCAGGGAGGUGAGAGGCCGGAGUGACCUGCGUCAUGCUAGAGUUCCACUGGACAGGUCGGCGAAGAAGGUCAGCGCCAUGUUCUCAAACUGCAAGGGGGCUUUACCCCGGAGGGCGGCGAGGACUAUCGAUUUGUCCCUCCCGGUCCUGAAGGUAACUAUUGUGUCCCCUGUGGCUGGGGUCCUGGUGGGUUUGGGGACCUGGAAGGGGUCUGUGGGUGUAAUAGAUUUAGCCUGUCCGGGGAGUAAUAUGGCUGCAAACAUGCGCUUGAGUACUUGCGGCAGCUCUGCCUCCGGCAUCUCCUCCGGGAUCCCUCUGAUCUUCAAAUUAUGUCUCCUUCUAGCAUCCUCUUGAGCCGCGAAGCAGCGUUCAUGUAACAAAUUUUGGUGUUGUAAGUCCUGCACAACUUUCUGUAGCGAAGAAAUGUUCUGCUGAUGUUCUUGGGAGGUGUCCUCCAGCGAUUUUAUGUGGCCUGUCAGGCCCUGCAGCUCACCCCUAAGAGCGGUGACAUCCGUGAGGAUGUUCUUCUGUAGGUCUGCCAAUAGGGUUUUUAAUACCCCGGUGGUUACCAGGUCAGAGUCAGCUCCCAGUUUGUGUUUCGCCCUCGGCAUUGGGGCUGAGGCUGGAAGGUAGUCAUCCCCGGCAUCUCCUGAACAGUCAUCCGAGAAAUCCGAGCAGCCUCUGUGGAGAGCCGCCAUAUUGGAUCCGCUUUUGCCGCAUGCUUGCCGCCACAUUUCUCCGAUUGUCAGCCCUGGAGCAGGUUUGUCCGACGCUGUUUUGUUAUUUUUCCGACCCAUGAUGGCAUAUCAUUUGCAAAAGUAGACAACCAAGGGUAUUCAAUAUGGGGUAUGUCCAAACUUUAUUAGUAUACACUUAGUCAGAAACACUGACCAAAGUUAGCACUUAUAUUUGUUUGUGUGUUAAAAAUGAAAAAAACUAUUAUGAAUGCUACAUUUUUGACCAGUGUUUGUGACUAAGUGGCUACUAAAAAAGACUGAACAUAUACCCCAUUUGCAAUACCUUGGGUUGUCUUCUUUUGCAAAUGGUAUGACAUCAUGGGGGUAAUUCUCAUUCUUGGGCUACCAUACGCCCUCAAAGACAACAUAACCAAUCUUGCAAAUUUCAAUGUGAAAAAAUGUUGACCCUGUAACUUUCAAAAACACUAUAAAACCUGUACAUGGGGGUACUGUUAUACUCUGGAGACUUUGUUGAAUACAAAUAUUAGUGUUUCAAAACCAUAAAACAUAUCACAACAAUGAGCUCAUCAGUGAAAGUGCCUCUUGUGUGUGAAAAAUGCAAAAAAACUUACUUUCACUGACAAUAUCAUCUCUGUGAUAUGUUUUACUGUUUUGAAAUACUGAUAUUUGUGUUCAGCGGAGUCUCCCAUGUACAGGUUUUAGGGUACAGGUUUUAGGGUGUCUUGGAAAGUUACAGAUUUAAAUCUAGUGCUAGGAAAUAAAAUUCUCUGGACUUGCGGCCUGGGUUGUCAGGCAGGUCCAUCAAAUUGCAAUCAAUAAAAUUACUUAAUUAUGUAAAAAUAUUACAUAAAUAUGCACGUAGAAUUUAUUGAUAUAGAGAAGCACCUUGGCGUUUCCAAUUUUCUAAUAUUUUUGGGCAGAGUGCCAGAGUUUGGAUGUUUUUAUAUUUAUAUAUAUAUAUAUAUAUAUAUACACACACACACACACAUACAUAUAUUUUUCUAUUUUACAGCAGCAGGGAGACUGCCUAUCAGUUUAGGCAGUCCCCCUGCAGGCAGCACUAUGUACGCCUAAUGCGGCCAUGUGACUGCACUUUCAGAGUGAUCACAUGGCCCGCAGGGGCCUAAUUUGCCAAGGGGGGACUGUCUGGGCUGUCAGGCAGUCCCACCAGACCGGGAGCACUGCCGAUCGCCGGCAGGGGAACAGCAGUGACCGGGUAAGUAAUAAGGACGGCGGGGACGUUCUAUACCGCCCACCAGCGUUUAGAGCCACCGUUAAAAGGACGGCAUAAAACACCCGCCAUCCAUAAGGGGUUAAAGGAACACUCCAGGCAUCAUAGCCACUACAACAUGUGGUCUUAGUGCUGAGAAUGUUCCUUUAAGCUGUUCUCGGUUACUUGCUUUGGACUCAGAGUUCAAGGCAUUCCAAAUACUGUUUUGCAUUCUCUCCUUUCUUUGGUGUUCUUGAAAAGGGAAAACAAAUGUGUAUUAAACGGACACUAUAGUCACCAGAACAACUACAGCUUAUUGUAUUUGUUCUGGUAAAUAUUAUCAUUCCCUUCAAGCUUUUUGCUGUAAACACCGUCUUUUCAGAGAAAAUGUAGUGUUUACAUUACAGCCUAGUGAUAACUCCGCUGGCCACUCCGCAAAUGGCUGCUAGAGGUGCUUCCUGUCCUCACCCUCUGCAUGGAGACACUGAACUUUUCUCAUAGAGAUGCAUUGAUUAUUGAGGAGAUGCUGAUUGGCCAGGGCUGUGUUUGGCUUCUGCUGACUCUGCCCUUGAUCUCCCUCUGAUAAUCUCAUCCAUUCCUAUGGGAAAGCACUUCUGAUGAUGUCAGCCAAGCAGGCAGAUCAGGGGCAGAGGCAGCAGCUACAAACUUGAAUACAAGUAAGAUUUUACAAUAAUUUGGGGUGCAAGGGUGGGCCAAGGGGCUAGAUUGUGUUUUUUUACACUAUAGGGUCUGUAAUACAUGUUUGUGUUCCUGUCACUAUAGGGUUCCUUUAAGUAGGGCUAUUGACAUAUGAGACUGAACCUUAACAAUAAUCAUAUUUUCAGAAACUUGUCAACUGUCUAAGAAAAAAAAUGACUUGCAUCUUUUCUAUUAAAUAUUCCACAAAAACAUAAAAUCGUUAGUGUAUUUACCAUUAGCAACUCUGUUUAUACGGAAAGGAAAUUGUUUACAAAUCUGGUAUUUCCAAACAGUAGAUUGGAUUUGAGUGUAUCUCCUGUUAAUGCAUUAUGGGGGGUAAGGGGGAUAAUAAUCAUAAUGUCCCUUAUUGCAGCGGACUGCCAAAAGCCUGCUGUCUCUGCAAAGCUUCUGCAAUGACAAGGACGUGGCUGAGUUUUAUAUCCAAUUAUAGUACUUUCUGUGAAUUCUAUUGAGGUUCCAGAAACAUUUGACUUGCAAGGGUUCCUAGGCUAGUUUACCUAUCACCUUUCCAUUGUAUGGUAUAUUGCUCAUGUCUGCAUGUACUUUUAAAAAAAAUAAAAAAAUUUAUUCAAGGUUUUAGUUUGAACGUUGCAUAUAUCAAUAAAAACCAAAAUGGUGGGCACAUGCACCGAAGAUAUGAUAUAGUUUCAAAACUGCAUAAUUCAGCAUAACAUAAAUCUUACACUUGUAUAGGAAAACCACACAAGUCAGCGCCGUAAAACUAAACUGGAUAUACAUUCGUAUCAAAAUGGUAGUGUAGAAUUAUAUGGGUUUACGCAGACAUGGUGUUUUGGCAAGACAGCGCAAUAAAUAUUAACUGGUUACUGCUUAACAACGACCAAUGAGAUCUACAGAAUAAUGGUAAACAGAGUCUUAUAUAAGAAUGAGCUGACCUGUGUAAAAGACCUGUGCAAAAAUUAGCUUGCAGGGUUAACUCCACCUCUAGUGGCUGUCUACCAGACAGCCACUGAAGGGACUUCCAGGUGGUUAGCCGACGUUUGGUCUCCUAAUUCACGCUGGACGUCCUCAUGUUAUGCUUGAGGACAUCCAGCGUCAACCAAAACUCCAUAGGAAAGCAUUAUACAAUGAAUUCAGUGGGAGAAGUCUUAAUGUGCUUUAGCUAACCCCAGCCGGGUGAUGUCGGCGUUAUAGUGCUGGGCACGAUGAUUCCUAUCGUGAAGAUCUUCUCUAGUGGCUGAUAGCAACUAAAUGUGUUGUUCAAACAAAUGUAAACGUUAAUGUUUCUCUGGGGAAAAAAUUUAUGUUGUCUGAAAAAAAAAAAGACAACUGUACCCCCAAAUUUUUUUUAUUAAAAUAAAGCAGUUUUGCUUCUAACAGUGACCCUUUAAGAAUUCUGCUUCAUAUGGCAAAACCAACAUUUCAUUUACUCUCAUCAUAUAUGAGUGCUUUAGACUAAUGAACUCCGUUCUGGAAAAUAAGCACCCUUUUCUGUUUGUGUAACUAAAUAGCUCAACUGGACGAUCUCAAUUUGAAGAGAGUUUAUAAUUGUAAAGCAGUUCCAAUAUGGUCACUUAAUGCCAAAAAACAAUCUUCAAGUUAGAAUAACGACAGACUUAACUAGUUUGGUUAGAUUAACUAUUGAUCCAUUUACUAUUGAUCAUAUUAAGUGUUUAUCAGUUUAGACAUAAGUACCCAUUUAUUUUUCUAAUGGUAUGGAAUUUUAUAUAUAUAUAUAUAUAUUCCAUGCCUUUCAUUUUUGUCUUGUCAUGUUCUUUAUUUAUUUUCUUCUAGCACAUGCCUGUGAUAUCUCCCGGUACCAUUGUAAGAUGCAGAACUUGUAGAACAUACAUAAAUCCUUUCGUAUCGUUUAUUGACCAGCGGAGGUGGAAAUGCAACCUUUGUUACAAAGUGAAUGAUGGUAGGUCUGGAAGCAUCUAUCAGCUUAAGACCUUUCUACUUCAAUCAAUAAUGCAUUAUUUUUCAUGUGAUUGUUUAGCUACAUAGGCUAUACUGAAGACUGCAGAAAUAAAAAAGUAUUUUCUUUGUGACUGUUAAGUCCGUAAUCAUUCAUGGGUUCGUUAAUUCAGCAAUUCUUCAUGAUGUGGUCAUGCCACAGUUACGUGAUUUGCCAUACUUUAUAUCAAUGGAAUAAGUUAUGUUGACAGUUUUAUUGUUAAGAAUAUUUGUUUAAUAUAUGUUUAAACAGUAUUUUCUUGCAACUGUACCCUCCUUUUAUAGAGGCAGUUAUUGUAAUUUUAGAAUUUAUGUAAAUCUUCGUAUCACUGUUUAUUUGUUUGUUUCAUAACAUUUUCAGAUAAUUCCAUGCAUGUUUAUUUACAGUACCGGAAGAAUUCAUGUAUAAUCCAGUAACUCGAUCCUAUGGAGAGCCUCACAAAAGACCCGAAGUUCUGAAUCCCUCAAUAGAAUUUAUUGCUUCUUCUGACUAUAUGGUAAAAUAGCAAAAAAUGCUGAACUUGUGAAAUGAGACUGGACAGAAUAUUUUCAAAUUUUUAUUUUAUUAAGUGUUCUUGCAUAGCAAGACCACUUAAUGUUAUCUCACAUAUAUAUUAUUAUUAUUAUUAAGUGUUCUUGCAUAGCAAGACCACUUAAUGUUAUCUCACAUAUUAUUUUAUUAAGUGUUCUUGCAUAGCAAGACCACUUAAUGUUAUCUCACAUAUUAUUAUUAUUAUUAAGUGUUCUUGCAUAGCAAGACCACUUAAUGUUAUCUUAUUAUUAUUAAGUGUUCUUGCAUAGCAAGACCACUUAAUGUUAUCUCACAUAUAUAUUAUUAUUAUUAUUAUUAUUCUUAUUAUUAUAGCAAAAUUUGCCACCCUAACUCCUCCCACAGUUUUUACACUACAUAGACAAAAAUUUACCAAACGUGCAGAUUGUUCCCGAUCGGAUUGCUAUUACUUUGUGGAACGUUUCGCCGAAUGGUUCACGGAAUAUCGUCGUUCUUGUGGCGAAAUUUGUCCCAUAGGAAUGAAUGGCAAAGCUAGAGUGGGAGCUGGCAAAAGCUGAAAAAUCAGGACAUGAUUUCUAAACUGCCACCACUCCCUUAUUUUCAGGCCCACCUACACAAAUCUUAUAUCAAAACGUUCAGCUAUCCCUGCUGCCACUAAACAUGUCAACGGCUAAGCCAUAGUCCUGAUAGUUUUCACAAUAUAAUCAUUUGUUUGCAACUAGCGCCGUCCAUUGACAUUCAUUGAAACUUCACUCUGCAAAGCUCAAAUUUGAAGUGCAAUUUCUAAACUGCGACUGUGCCUUCAAUUUUUAAUACUUCAGAGACAUACUAUGCAUCAAAAUGUAGGUCUGGGUCUUGUGAUUCUCACAAUAUAAAGCUCUUCGCUGUAGGAUUUAUAGUUUUUAAAAUAUGACCGUUUGAAGAUGGCAACCACCAAAAUACUCUGACCUGUCAAGGCUGCAGCAGCAAGUGAUGUCAUAGACAGGGCCUUUUGAACACCUGCUAAUGUUUUUAUAAAUGUAUGGUUUAAUGUAACUGUGCAACAACGUUGCAAUUAAAUGUGCUAUAUAAAUGAUAACAGUUACGUCGCCCACUCCAGUUGUAGACUACAGGUGGAGGCAAGAACACUUCACACAAUUUCCCCAGAAAUUGUAACUUUUCUAGUUAUUAUUAUUAUUCUUAUUAUAGCAAAAUUUGCCACCCUAACUCCUCCCACAGUUUUUACACUACAUAGACAAAAAUUUACCAAAACGUGCAGAUUGUUCCCGAUCGGAUUGCUAUUACUUUGUGGAACGUUUCGCCGAAUGGUUCACGGAAUAUCGUCGUCGUUCUAGAGUGGGAGCUGGCAAAAGCUGAAAAAUCAGGACAUGAUUUCUAAACUGCCACCACUCCCUUAUUUUCAGGCCCACCUACACAAAUCUUAUAUCAAAACGCUCAGCUAUCCCUGCUGCCACUAAACAUGUCAGCUAAGCCAUAGUCCUGAUAGUUUUCACAAUAUAAUCAUUUGUUUGCAACUAACGCCGUCCAUUGACUUUCAUUGAAACUUCACUCUGCAAAGCUCAAAUUUGAAGUGCAAUUUCUAAACUGCGACUGUGCCUUCAAUUUUAAUACUUCAGAGACAUACUAUGUAUCAAAAUAGUUUUUAAAAUAUGACCGUUUGAAGAUGGCAACCGCCAAAAUACUCUGACCUGUGUCAAGCUGCAGCAGCAAGUGAUGUCAUAGACAGGGCCUUUUGAACACCUGCUAAUGUUUUUAUAACUGUAUGGUUUAAUGUAACUGUGCAACAACGUUGCAAUUAAAUGUGCUAUGUAAAUGAUAACAGUUACUCCGCCCACUCCAGUUGUAGACUACAGGUGGAGGCAAGAACACUUCACACAAUUUCCCCUGAAAUUGUAACUUUUCUAGUUAUUAUUAAAAUGUCAUAUAGAUAUGCUUAUCUCAACAUCUGUACUUUAUAGUUAUAUAAUCUUUUUUUCUUUCUUUUUACUUUUAAAUCCUCUUUUGUCUAUGAUUUAAUAUAUUAAACAAAAUAAAUUUUCCUUGAGCAUUAGCACACAAAAUAAAUCUGCAAUAUAGAGACUUGCCCAGCAAUAAACAUAUUUUUAUUUUUGUAACUUUGUUUUUUUUUUUCUCUUCUCAAAGCUGCGGCCUCCUCCUCCAGCAGUAUAUCUCUUUGUUCUGGAUGUGUCCUACAAUGCUGUAGAAUCUGGGUAUUUAAAAAUCUUUUCACAAGCACUCCUGGAUAAUUUAGACAGGUAUGCAUGAUCCUAGGCAGUCUGACAUGUCACAAAAAAAAUAAAAAAUAAAAUAAAAAUGUGUGUGUGUAUAUAUAUGUGUGUGUGUGUAAUCAGAAAAAAAUGCUUGCAUUGUAAUUGUGUCUCACAAUAGUUCUAUUACUUUCAAUAUUGCACUCUUCAGCAUUGUGUGUAUUUGUAUGUAAUUUUAAAGAGUUUAAUUUUAGAGUUAGGGCAGUUUCUAGAGCAUUUUUGGGUCAUAGAUGUCCUGCCCUGUGCGAGAUUGAUAGUUAUGAACAGCCAAUGUUUGGUUGGUCGGUCCUUAAUUGAGCCAGAGACGCACACUGAGUAAGUUCCUUUCCAGCACAUCAUUAUUAAGGCAGUUUCUGAAUUGAAGACAGUAACUGCUGCCUGGUGGUGUCAGUCUCUCCCAUCUUGAGCAAGCAGUGUGAUGUAUGUCUUUAUGGUUAGCCGUGUUGCAGUGCACAGUGUGGAGCCAAACUGUCCAGUGGGUUUCUAAAUUGCAUGGUAUGAUGUCACCCACCAAAUUUAUUGAAAAAUCUGAUAUUUUAUAUGUAUUAACUAAAGUCUGUUCUACAACUAUUUAAGCUGUGAUUAGUGUAUUGGUCUUUAAGUGAGCUAGGUCAAGAGCCUAAUCUAGGUCCCAACUAAUGUUGAUGAUUAUCUUGCUACUAGUUGCUCAUUCCGAGAACUUCCAUAUUUACUGGAGCGUUCAUUAGUGUGUAUUCAAUGUGUGUUAUAUUGUGUGUUACAGGUUGCGUGGAGAUUCCAGAACAAGAAUUGGAUUUAUUACAUUUGAUAGCAAAGUCCACUUUUACAAUUUGCAGGAAGAUCGGUCUCAGCCCCAAAUGCUGAUUGUUUCAGACUUAGAUGGUGGGUUCUGAGAACAUCAUGACUAAGUUUUUCUGUUAUGAAUAUGUAUAUAUUUAUUGCAAGUCAGUGAACAUAAAUUGAAAGUCGUGCAUUUACAUUCCUGCUCAUUGUUUUGUUUUUUUAAAUUCUUCUAUUCAUCUUAUAAUGCAUUAUGUGAUUUAGUUUGUUGCAUAACUCUAUAAACUCACAAUAAAAAGUGUGUAAACUCUAGCAAAUCAGUUUGGAAAUUGAUUGCAUUUUCCAUGUUUUUAAUGUUGGAAUACAAAUUACUUGAAACACUCUCAGUAGGUCAUGAUGUUGGCUAAAAAUUCACAAAGUAGGCCAUCCCAAGGCUGUAAUUUUCACACCACUUUUAACACGCAAUUGUCUAUUUGACCACUAGAACUGUUGAGUGGGAUCAGCUUUAAUGCUGAUCCAUAUGGAAAUUCCCACCAAUUAAAAGGUGUUUUGUUUUUAUUUGGGUGGGGGAUUAUUUUUUUAAAGAUUUUUUUUUUUUUAAAGAUUUUAUUUAAAUUAUAUUUGUAUGAGUAGAAAUUUAUAGAAAAUGUGUGUAUCUUCUUUAUUCUUUUUAUCUAUCUUUAUUGCACAGUGUGGUUAAUUUAGAAUCUUUUCUCCUGCUCUGUAAAUAGCAUCCUGUGUGUGAUUACAUUUUUAUUAAUAGAUAAGGAGCAAAAACAUAUUAUGCUUUUAGAGCUGAUUUGAAAAUUAAACCAUUUUUUCCACGAAGGCCGAGUGAGUCUUAGCCAGGGGAGGUGUGGCUAGGGCUGCAUAAUAAAGUGGUUUAACUCCUAAAUGACAGAGAAUUGAUCAGAGAGAUUGCAAGGGCACGAUCUAUAAACCAAAACCGCUUGCUGAAGACCAAGUUGUUUAGAGUAUCCCUUUAAGAUGGGGAUUUUGUGGAAGAUGACCUGCCUUGGAUUGAGUACUGUCUGCCGAUAUAAUAAGACAGUCUAUUUUGUUUCUUAUUCGUAAAUCUUCUUAUCUUAGCAGCUCCUUGGCACAUAAGUUACAAAGCUAAGUACAUUCUAUUAAAUACGUGAAACUUUCUGUUAGGUUUUUUUUCAGCCCUCUUUGGGCUUUUUAUAGUUUUCAAAUUGAAAAUAUACUUGCCUGUCCACAAUAGUACGAGAGAUUGCUCAUGAGGGAAAGAUCCCAUAACACACAUUGUUUCUCAAAGAGUUGUUGUUUCUAUUUAUUUAUUUAUUUUAUUUUCACUUUCAGACAUUUUUUUACCUACACCUGAUGGAUUACUUGUAAAUCUGCAUGAAAGCAUAGAGGUAUGUAUAUUUGAAGUGUGAUAGUUAUGUGGUGUGAAGAAAAUCCUAGUAAUAUAAAGGGUUUUCGCUAAAUGUACAUGGGAUGGAUGUGAUUUUGCUUUUUUUUGGGAUUAAAUAACUUUAAAAAAAAAAAAAACAACUCCUAUGAGCGCUGUCUUGUAUAAAAGAAAAUUAUAUGUAAUGUCUGCCAGUUAUUUUAAUGUGCAAAUCAUGUUUCAGAUUCUGCAUUACACGAUGUGUCUAUACAGCAGCAGUGAGGGGCUGUUUGUCCCUGCUCUCCGAUUCUGAUAGGACUCACAUAUCCACCUAAUAUGCACCUUUAAUUGAGGCAUGCUUUACUCACUGAUAUUUUAAGUACAGUUGUGAAUACCAUCACCUUUAGGCAGCUGUGUCCUAUAUACUGCUGCAAUAUAUACAUACUGUUAACUGUUGAUGUGGAUCAUACUCCCAUCAACAAUAUAACUUAACACAUAUCCUCCCCUUCCAAAAGCUUAUUGGUUAGAUUCAUUUUCAAGCAGGCAGAGGCUCUGUUUAGUGACAGGUUCCUCCUUCACCUGUUCUGUUUCCAGAGUGUGUGUGUGUCUUUGAAUAUUACAUUCUAUAACAUCUAGACUGUCAGGGUUUGCUGUGCAUGCAUCUUGUGUUUACCACAGAUAGAUUGGGCUGUAGGGAGGAGUAUGUCACUGCACUGGAUACUUUAACAGAACACAUCUGUCUGUCUGUCUAUUUAAUAUAUAGAAAAUAUAUAUUUUUAUUUUUUUUAGUGUUUCCUGUCCAAUUUGGGCUGGAAAUCCAGGAUAUCUGGUUCUAGUACAUAAGCAUAAUGAAGUUUUGCUUUUAAUAUAAUCUGACCACUUUAAAAACAUUUGAUGUUGUAUGUCACUGUUCCUAGUCCUCUUUUGGAUUCAGCCCCCAUUAUGCUUAUAAUUGUCAUGAAACUUGUAAUGCAGCACCAACACACUCACUUUGCAAUAUCUGCUCCACCUUCAGUAAAAUCUUUCAAAUUGAUGAUAUCUAAGACAAAGUUUCUUGACAAUUGCCACUAUUCAUCAAUUCAGUGUUUCUUGUAGAAAAGCAUUAGCUGCACCCGUGCAGUGUGUGGUAACACAAAAAUUGAAGACGUUCGUAAAUUAAAGUUCUUAAGAAGAAAGUGCCACUAGAGGCGUCUUCAUGGACAAACAUAAAUAUCAAUCAUCUAUGCAUCAAAACCACUUACUUAAGAUACAGUGCAUUUAGAGUAUCACUUUAACAGUAUUCUAUGCAUUCCUGAUACCUUGACUAUAUACCAAGUCUGGGAAAUGCAGCCGAAUGUCUGCAAAUUUUUUUUACAAUGACAGGAACAUUGCACCUAUUGAGAUGGAGUGGUUUUAGUGCCUGUAGUGUCCCUUUAAUUCUUAUUGCAGUAAUAUGACUGUGCAUUUGUUGCACGUUAAAAAUAGACAACUCUGUUAGGUGAAACAUAUAAUUGAAAUUAUUUAGGGAAUUGUUAUUACCAAAGAUGUUUUCUGAGAUGACCUUGGGGAGUUUGCUACGUAAAAUAACAUUGUAAUAUUUUUUUCUUCACAGCUAAUUAAAGAUCUAUUAACUGCUUUGCCCAAUAUGUUUAACAACACCCGAGAAACACACAGUGCCCUGGGCCCUGCUCUGCAAGGAGCUUUUAAACUUAUGUCUCCAAUGGGUGGACGGAUUUCAGUGUUUCAGACUCAGCUGCCAUCUCUGGGUGCAGGGCUUCUACAUUCUAGAGAGGAUCCUAAUCAGAGAUCAAGCAUCAAGGUAUGUUGUCAACUCAAACAUGCCCAUUUUAAUCCCAAUAUUGUUUCCUUGCUGUUAUUUUUUAAAGCAAUUUUGUUGAUGGCUAGAAAUGUCCUGUCAUGGUACUUAUAGCUUAGUGCUUCCUCCCCUGAGCAAUUCUCCUGUUCUCCAUCACAGUAUUACUCUCCCAGCAAUCGUUUCUCCCUCUUGCAGUUAGAGAAUAGGACUUUAUUAUGCUGAUGUGCUGAUAGUGAUGUGAUCCGUGUUAUGAGGAAGGAUUGUCCUGCUUAAAUAAGUGUUCCCAAACAGAGCUAAUUACAUAUAUAUCUCAAAAUACACUUAGAAUGAAAUUUUCUAUAUUACCCCCCAAAAAAAAUACAUAUAUAUUUAUAUAUAUAUUAAACAGCACAGAUCUGCACACACCAGUCAAGCCAUAAGUCUUGCUUUCCCUACAGAAAUCUCACAUUUGCAGUGCUGGUACUACUGCAAGUUAUUCUGGGUGGGUUAUGUAAAUGAGUUCAACGAAGAACCACCUUUUUGCCUCAUUAUUCCACUUUAUACAUGGAUGCCUUGGAGUUUGUCUGUUGUACACAAAAGUUUUGAAACACAACUCAAGAAGAGGUGCAAAGCCAGUGAACAGCUGUUUCGUUGUUAAUGCAACUCAUCAGCAUGAAGUUGGUUACUGGCUUGCUAUUGAGCACAAAGUAAUAGAGUAAUGGUGGAAAAAAAGUGAUUGAAAACUCCUUUCACCUGAAGUCAGUGGAUAGUAAAUAUUUUGUUAAACACAGAUCUGCACACACAUCUGUCCAUGAAUGGCCAUGUAUGCAAAUGUGAGAUUUAUGUGGGAAAGAAAAGUCUUGUUUUUUUAUUUUUUUUUUAUAAAUCUCUUUUUAUUGAAGUUUUCAUCAACAAAAGUACAAAGAGGAAGGGCAGUUGUACAUAUGGGGCUCGCAGGUCCCCAGAAGUGAGUAGAGCAAGAGGGGAAAAAAAAAAAAAGAGAAAAAAUGAACGGAAGAAAACCACAUGUAAAACACAUGCAGUAGAGGUGAACGUGAUGUGUUUAAGAGCCUUUAUGUUCCUAGGCCAGUUGUAGCUCUCAGGUUUCCCAACAGUGAAUAAGUCAGCUAUCGUCCUGUCGCCCACGGUCUCUUCUGUGAUCUGACAGGGGAUGUAGCGUUCUGCCUCCUGACCAACCGUGAUUGUACAGCUAUAACUUGUAUUACGGUUUUUCCCCAUACCUGGGCAGAUGAGCUUUACCAAGCUCUAUAGCAUACGGCUCUUGUCCCUGUUCUCUAGUUGGAAGGCGUGGGUCUUUGGCAAUCUAAGGGGUAUGUAUCAGUGUAUGUUGGGGAACAUUUGUGUUCAGGAAGGCUGUCCCGUUACAGGUAACUUUUGGUAGUAUGCUUCUACUUUUCUGAAGUUUGCUGACGUAUGUGAUUACUUGUUGGUUGUGUGACUGUUGUGUGUUUUGUGUCUCAGCAUUCGAUGGUGUGUCAGUGUGUGCGCACCCCUGUCACGUCCCACAUGUUCCGCCUCGGGAAUCCUCCUGCCUGUCUGGGUAUGGUUGAGGUUUAAGGAGAACAAUGGAGGGGGGUAGUUAAGGUGGGUGGUCCACACUACGAAGGGCUGCGCCCGUCCCCAUCCCCGCCACGGGCCCAGAAGCCCUCCCCCCGCCCGAGGGCGUCGAGCAAUGUACAUGAACCAUGGGCUCCACAUUUCUGUAUGUUUGAGUUCCCUACCCGUUAGGGAGGCAUGGAGCACCUCCGCGCUCUGUAUGUCUUCCAUCUGCUGUACCCACUCCGACUUUGUCGGUGUGGUAGUUUGUUUCCAAUACGAUGGAAUGGCUGCCUUAGCAGCAUUCAGCAGGUGCCGGAGAAUUGACUUCUUAUAGUUCGAAAUCGUCUGCUGAGAGAUGUGCAGGAGAGCCAGUUCGGCUGACCAGUCCGGCACAUCCCCCAGCACGAGCGUCGUCUCCAUUUUCACCAUGUCCCAGUACGGGAGUAUGUCCUGGCACUCCCACCACACGUGGAUCAGCGUGCCUCUCUCCUCACGACAUCUGCAGCAUGUCGGCGGCACCGCCGGGAACAUUUGAUGGAGCACCACUGGCGUUCGGUACCAAAAUGAGAUCAGUUUGUAUCCAACCUCCUGGUAGUAGGAGCUGAUGGAGCUCUUAUGUUGCCAUAUCAGGGCCUUAUUCCAUUGUGGUGUGGUGAAUGUCUUAUUCAGGGACUCCUCCCAACGCCUCUUGAAGGUGGCCACGGUUGGCCGAUCGUUCGUUAUUUGUUGUUGGUAGAUUGUGGAGAUGGCAUGCUCUAUGGAGGUGCCUCGUUCGCACAGGUCUUCGAACCUUGUCGAUUCCCUGUGGAGACGUUCUCUGUGUGGCAGCUUCGUGUAGUAGUGUUUCAGCUGCAGGUAUCGCAGGAUAAUCAUGGGGGGUCCGUGGUCUCCCCUCCAGAAUCGGGUCAAGGCCCCGAAGUCAGUCGGCGCCCAGGACCCGACAUAUGGGUAUAUAGUCCCCCUCCCCCAGGAAACUCCAUGCUCCGGCCGGCAUGCCUCCCCCAAUUCCUCUGUUAAGUGUCACCGGGACGAGUGGGCUAGGCAUGGUUGAUAUGUUUAGCUUUUCCCUUAACGAUUUCCAUCCCCGGAGUGUGUGUGUGACCGGCCCCUCCUUGGCUCCCCGCUCCCGAGGCCCCAGGUCCCCUCCCCAGAUCAUGCUUUCUAUCCUACCUUCUGUAGCCUCCCUAUCCAGCUGUACCCAAGGCUUUCGCGAGGGGUUUUGAUGCCAGUCUAGAAUGCGCUGGAGGACCGUGGCCUGGUAAUAUUUUCUAAAGUCCGUCAGAGCUAGUCCCCCACUAGACCUGGGCAGACAGAGAAUGUCAUGCCGCAAUCUGGAGCGCUCGCCUCGCCACGUAAAGCGGAGCACCGCCGUUUUCAGGGAGGAGGAGGACGCCGGUAGUGUGAUGGGUAAUGUCUGUAGGAGAUAUAGCACCCUGGGAAGCACGUUCAUUUUGAGCACUACUAUGCGCCCAUGCCAUGUUAUGUGCUGGAGGACCCACCUGGCCAAGUCCAUUUUUAUUGUAUGCAGGAGGGGUUGGAAGUUGUUCUCAUAAAGUCUCCCGGGGUCCGUGGUUACCCAGAUGCCCAGGUACUUCAUUUUGCCGUGGCACCAUCUGAAUGUGAAUUCAGAUUCCAGCGCCCUGAAUUCCGCUGUGGAUAGUGUAAGGUUCAGUGCCUCACAUUUUGUGAGGUUAAGUUUAAAUCCUGAUAUUGCACCAUAGCGUUCAAAUUCCGCCAACAAGUUCGGCAGAGUGGUUCGCGGGUGUUUGACAAAGAAAAGUAAAUCGUCCGCGUACGCUGCCAUUUUCUGAGUCGAUCCCCCUCCGUCGUACCCCUGUAUGUUCAGGUUAAAGCGGAUCGCAUGUAGAAGUGGCUCCAAGGACAGGGCAAAUAACAGUGGGGAGAGGGGGCAUCCCUGCCGAGUACCGUUAUGUAUCGCAAAAUCGGUUGUCUGGGCUCUGUUGACCCUCACGGAAGCUCGUGGUGUGCUAUAUAAAGCCGCUAUCCCCGUCCGAAGGGUCUGCCCCAGGCCCAUCGCCUCUAGUGUGACCUGCAUAUACUGCCAAUUGACCCGGUCGAACGCCUUCUCUGCGUCUGUCGACAGCAGCAGAAGGCAUCCCCCCCCCUUCUCGCUAGAUGUUGGAUGGAGAAGAGUCUUAGGGUACUAUCCCGCGCUUCGCGCCCGGGGAUAAAGCCCGUUUGGUCCGCAUGAAUCAGAUGCGGAAGAUUGGGUUGGAUCCUUGUAGCAAGCACCUUCGCCAGCAGUUUGGUGUCAAUGUUUGUAAGAGAAAUCGGACGAUAGCUACCACAGCAUUGUGGGUCCUUCCCAGGUUUUAGUAAAACGGUUAUUGUUGCGGACAGGGAUUACCGUCCGAAUUUCCCCCCCCCCUCCGCCACUGCGUUAAGGGCGUUCGUGAGCCGCGGCAGGAGUCUCUCGGCGAACUUUUUAUUGUAGCCGGUAGAGAAGCCGUCCGGACCUGGGGCCUUGCCGGUUUUAGAUCUCUUCAGGGCGAUGACCAGCUCCUCCAUGCAAAUAGGUGCAUCCAGGGCCACCGCCGAGUCAGGGUCAAUCCUUUCCGUGACAGUGGCGUAUAGGUAUUCAGUCCGCAGGGCCUGGUUGUGCUGCGAUUGGUCCUGCCCCCCGUGCGGCUGGAGGUUGUACAGGGAUUGGUAAAAAUGCCUAAACUCAUCCGCUAUGUCCUGAGGGAAGGGGGAGACCGCGCCCGAUGUAAGGCGUAAGCUGCGGAUUUGUGUAUGUGGGCUGGUGCCCUUCAGCAGUCGGGAUAGAUACUUACCCCCCUUGUUAGCGUGAGCGUAGAAGAAGCCUCUCGUGCUCUGUAGGGCGCGGAGGUGCCUCUUCACGAUAAGGUCUCUCAAUGCUUGUCUAGCCUCCGUGAGCUCACCAUAGGUUGCGUUAAGGUGGUACCGUUUAUGUUGUGACUCUAAAGUUGAGAUGGUCUCGUAGAGUUUUGCCAUUUCUCGAAUGGCCGCCUUCUUUUUUUGAGAUGCUAUCUGUAUGAGCGUACCACGGAUUACGCUCUUGUGAGCUUCCCAGUGUGUUAUGGGGGACGUUCCCUCCUUCUCAUUUUCGCUGAAGUAAAGGUCCAGGGCCGUUCAAUUUGAUCCCUAACAGUCGGGUCCAGAAGUAAAGCUUCAUUCAUUCGCCAUGUCCAUGUGGAAGGGCGAAACAGAGGUGACUCUAUGGCUAUCCGAACCGGGCUGUUGCCGGUUCGAUGGUCGCUUUGAGCAAUCGGGAGAGUCCCUCUUGUUUAACGAAGAGAUAGUCAAUACGUGCAUAUCUAUCGUGAAGCGCAGAGUAGUGUGUGAAGUCUUUACCCGUUGGAUUCAGGGCCCUCAAGCCUUCGACCAGACCCAGGCUAUUCAAGGAAUUCCGAAUGGAUCGAAUAUUGCGUUGGGGGAUACAGCUAUGACCUGAGGAUGAGUCCAACGUAGGGUCCAGGGGGGUGUUAAAGUCCCCUCCCACCAACAGAGUACCCUCCGCGAAAUCUCGCAGUUUGGUCAAUGCUCCCUUCAAGAGUGUGGCUUGGUGUCUAUUGGGGACAUAGAUUGUGGCAAAUGUAAAUAUUUUAUCUGCUAUAAUACCUUUCAGGAAAAGGUAACGCCCUUGCGCGUCCUGGUGCUUGUCUAGUUCUGUAAAGGCAAGAUCUGCUGCGAGCAAUAUGGCCACACCAGAUUUGCGAGCUGAAGGGUGGUUGCAGAAAUGGUUGUUCGGGUAUGAUUUGUUGUGCAGGGAAGGGGCCACCCCCUCCCUAAAAUGUGUUUCCUGGAGCAUCGCCACCAAGAUGUGCUUUUUCUUCAGUUCUUUUAAGAGAUGAGUUCUGCGCUCCGGAGCAUUCAGACCCCUGCAAUUGAGGGUGAGGAUCGAUAUUGGUGCCCUACGGUACGCCAUCUGUUAUAGGUGGAGACAGGUAACUGUGCCCCUAUGCCGUAAGUUCAGGCACGGGGAGCUGCGACCCCGGGCCUCCGGCGCGGACGAAGGAGAGAGAAAGAGCGAGAGAGGGGAGAAGGAAGGAAGUAGGAAAAAAGGAGGGGAGACGGGGUCGAGAGAGAAUAGGUAAGUACGCAGUGGGGGUGUUGUUGGUAGCGAUGAGUGGAGGUGUGCGUUUGUAGGGUGUGUAGGUCCUUGUUUAGAAUGUGAGAAGUGAUGUACGGAGGUGUAUAUUGGUGAGGUGUAGAGAUCCUUCUUGGGAUUACGUGGAUCCCUUAACUAAUCCCUCCUAUCUGGAGGAUACUCGAGCAGUAACUAGGUGCGGUGGUGUGUCGCCCCGGAAACCUGUCCGGGAUGCGCCUGUGCCCGCCGUCCAGUCGCAAGGGUUUAGCCCGAGUGUGGGUUAGGAAACGCGGCCCCAGCCCCGUCCAACGGCCAGGCAGCGAAAGAAAAGGUGUAGGGAGAAAGGAGGGGUUGGAACGUCCCGCCCCACCCAUCCCUUUGAACUGCGUAACCAGAGACACAACUUUUGUCAAUCUAACCAACCGGUGUGCAAUGAUGCGGCCGGUACAAACUAAUUAACAACAUGGAACUCAACAUUCCCCUAUGCCCCCGCCCCCCACAUCCAAGGCACAACCCAGGAGCUCCAGCCGUCCAUGCCCCCCCCCGGUCAACCCCUCCCCACAUUAACAUCCUAAGCAUGUGGGAAUCUCCCGCUGAGGCAUGGGCCCCCCUCCACUCCCCCCUGCGCUGUAUUAUCUCGGUCAGCCUUCCGAAUCCCGGUCCCCCCCGUGUGAGCUCAACGUAAAGCGAGAGGGCGGGCCCCCGCAGCCCCACAGAGCCCCCCCAUGGUGAGGGAGGCCCAACAGAGGCCGCCACCCCCUUCCCCUCCCCCCCACAACCAGUGGCUAGGAGUCCCAUCAUGUGUAAGAAGAAAACAGCCCCUGUGCACCAUCCCCCAGAGCAAUAGGGGGAAAGCGUGACCCAGUCCGCACUGUGUGCUGUAGCGCUCCCGACCCACUGGCAGAUUGGGCCAAUUCCACCCCGUCCCCCACCCCAGAACCCGAUGUCUGUGUGCAAGUGUCCAAGUGGAAUCCGCCCUUCUUUAGGGCCUGGAAACUGGGUCCAACUUUGGGGAGACAGUCAGUGAGAGGACCCGUGUCCAGCUGCAGAACCCAAUUCCCCCCAUCCAAAAUCUACUAGUGAGCCCAUCCCAUGCGGUCAUGGGCCCCAGUGAACCGAGGCAGAUAAACCUCCCAACCGGCGCGCCAAUGUCCAAGCAGUCCCGGGAGGCCCAAGUGAGAGGUGGGUACCGGAGCCAUGUGGUGUCCCUGGAUGCGUGGGUGGUGUGGUAGCGCUCUCCCCCAUUUCUGAAGCUACUCACUUACUCCUCCGGGGCCGCCGGAUGACGAUGCCUCUGAGGAGGGCGUCCUGGCUGGGAUCGUGUGUCGCGUCUGGGUAUCCUUUGGGGUCUCGGGGGUCCCACUGGCCCCAGAAUCCAGUUGACGACUGUUACCGGUGGCAGCUCCAGUUCCUCCAUGAAACGGGGGACCUCCUCUGGCCAUCUCAGCGGGACCCAUCGGUUCUGGUAAGGGACAUGGCGUUCCCGUAAUGCCGCUGUGACUGGUCUGAGUGCUUGGCGCGCCUCCAAGGUGAUGGGGGAGAGGUCAUGGUAAAGGGAAACCUGCACCCCUCGAAAGGGCCAAGUAGGUCGCUCACGGGCCUUUCUCAUGAUGGAGUCCUUCACCGGGAACGAGUGCAGGCAACACACCAGGUCCCUGGGACCGUCCUCUAGCGAUCUAGGCCUUAACGCACUGUGGGCUCUCUCAAAUUCGAAGCGCUGGGGGGGAGUCACUGGCAGCAGUGAUUGGAACAGCUCUGUGAGGGUUUCCUCUGCAUUUUCGUCCCCCUCAGUUUCGGGAACGCAGCAGAUCCGAAUGUUGCAGCGGCGCCCCCUGUUGUCCAGAUCUUCCAUAUGCCUGCGCAUAGCCAGGAGAACUUCCCCCUGGCGAGCUACUGCCAAGUCUGUGGCUGUGAGCUUGUUGGUGUGAGCCUCAGCAGCCUGCCCAAGUGCCUGGAUGCGGCCUGCUUAUGCUGUGACCUCUGACCUUAUUCCCGCCAUCUCUUCUCUCAGAGUCUCCUGAAUGGUGGCUGUAAGGGUGUGGAGGUCAGCUUUAGUGACCAUAGAUGCGGUGAGGCUCCUCAAUUCCUCCUCUAUCCGGUCCAGCGCUGCGUUGUCGGAGGCCGCCAGGAAUGCCGGCCCCAUUUUGGGACUUCCCCCCCCCCUCACUGCUCCCGCUUGGCUGCGGCUGUAAGUCCAACGGGCCCUGCUGGGUACCCCUCAAGGUUUGGGGGGCCUCGGGGUGUCGAGUGCGGCCCAUGAAGGUGGUCUCGCUGAUACUGAGGCACGUUAUCGGGAUCAGGUGGAGUGGAGCUCGCCCCUUAAGCGGCCAUGUUGUCCAGCGCCCAAGCCACGACCCCCGGAAAGAAAAGUCUUAUGGCUUGACUGGUGUUUGCAGAUCUGUUUUUACCAAUGUAUUUACUAUUCACUGACAUCAGGUAAUAGGGGUUUUCAGUCACUUUUUCCCACCAUAACGCUAUUGCUUUGUGUUAUAUAUCUGAUUCUAAAUGUAGUUUAUAUAUUAUUUGUAUAUAUAAAUAUUUUAUUAGUUAAUUAUUUGGGAACCUGCUUGACAAUUCAGGCAGAAAUACCAGGGAAUUUCAUUUCCAAUUCCUACAUUGACCCUGUAACUUGAAAAACAAAAACAUAUAACCAUGUAGGGUACUGUUGUACUCAUAAGACUUUACAGAACACACUUAUGAGUGUUUAAGAGAAGUAAAAUGUCUAAUAAGGAUGAUAUAAUCAGUGAAAAAUGCAUAUAAAUUUGUGUGAAAAAUACAAAACAAAAACAAAUAUUAACACUUAACUUUGGCCAGGGUUUGUGACUAAGUGGCUACUAAAAAAAAAAGAUUGGACAUAACCCAUUUUGAAUGGGUUUUGUAAAUGAUAGUCAUAAUAGGGUUAUUUUUUUCAUUCCUGGGCUACCAUACAGUCUCAAAGUCAACAUAGGCCCAGCAAACCAAUCUAGAAAAGUUCAAUGUGUAAAAACUGAAAUCGGCAAGUGUUUUGACACGCUGCAUAAUGUUCUCUAAACCAUAAAACUGAAGGUUCAUUAUUUACACAAACAAAAACUGCUAAAUCAUUUUAAAAUGUUGACAACUCAUUUAGACAUCGUGUGUAUUAUUUUAAGCUCUAGUGAUAAGCUUACUUCUCUAAAUGCUCUAUGCUACUAGCAACAACCCAAAGAAAGUGUUAGCAGAUGUGAUGAUCAAAGGAUGUUUCUUUUUUUUUUUUAUUCUUUAUUUUUAUAGUGCAUAUGAUAUAACAGCGUGCAUGGGGUACCCCAACGGCAUUCCUCAUGCUUUUCAUAAAUUUAUAACAGUAAUGGGUAUGUUCUUGCGUGCACAAUUUUAUGUUAAAUAUACAGUUUAGUAAGCUUAUUCUCAAUGUAUUGUCUAUUAUAUAUAAUGCCACGACAAACAUUCAUAGACCAGAUAGAUGGGUAUAACAGGAGUAUGACUGCUUAGGUAUGAACCAUACGUUAAGGUACAUGCUAGCUAAGUCACUACUGUGGUUGCUUAUUUAGUUGCUGUUCGGUGAUAUGUCAUUUGUUAAACUUAAAAUAUUAGUUGUCUAGUGGCAUUCUGAGGAGAUAGGAGUAUUUUGUAGACUCCUGGGGUCGAGCUAACUGCUCUGAGGAUAUAUAGUUAAGCAGUUGCUGUGAUUUUGCGCUAGUGGGGAUGCCUUAGAGUCUGCCUCUGGAUUAACGUUUCACAAAAUGAUAAUUAAGAUAACGCUUAAUAACAAUGCAAACGAAAUGAUAAGUAAAAUAACGCCAUGGGGGCCAGUGGGCAUAAAGACUAUUAAAUACGUAUCAUGAGUAUUAACCACACAUGCUAUUGAAUAUUUGCACAUAACAUUACAGUCUCGUAGCUGGUCUGCUGUGGCGUGCUACUUGGAAUUUACCCCUCGCGGAUCAGUCUCAGGGACAGACUCAGCCUAUGCCAGCAGGGGACACGACACAGUCUCUGAGUGCAGGGGCCCACUGCCUGACAUCGCCUAUGCUCCGGUAGGUUGGGGUUCGUGACUUGUGUGUCGCACUGUUCAGCUUUUUAGGUCGUGGUUGUGGUCCUGCUUGAGUGCGCUUGGGUGAUGUCUUCGGCGCCAUUUUGAGGCUCGGCACUGAUCUUCUUAGGUGCUUAGGUGGAGAGCUUUUGGGUAAGUAGGCUUCUUUGUGUGGUAGAGAGGGCUGGAGCAAAAGGCGUGUUAAUUUCUGCCAGAAGUCGGAGAAAUGUCCCUCUAUUUUGGAGAGGAUGUCGCUGUGUGCUUUGUCGGCAAUAGGGAUCCCAUGUGGACAGUGCUGUAUCUCGCUUGCGGGAUCUGCUCCCCACUGCAUCUUGAGGGUAAAUCGUUUUUUGGGUGUCUGUAGCCUGUGUUGUAAUGUGCACUCUGGCCUGCUGUGCCUCCGACCCUUCCUUCCGCUUCGGGCCUGCCACGGUUUUGGAGCCGCGGUCUUGCGUUGCGUCUGGAGGGGUAGGCAUCUUGUCUUGAUGUCGCAGUGAGUGCUUGUUGUUUGUGGUGGCGGGCAUCGGGCUAUCUUGUGCCUGAAUGCCACCUUGCUUGCUGCAGCUUCGAAGUGAGGGCUUUCUUUCCCUCUGGCUUUGGUUCUCCUGGCAUCCGCCAUUUUGAUUGAUGCGCUUGGGCCACAUCGCAGGUUGGUAAUGUCGAUAGGCUCGGGUUUUGUCUCCGCGGUCUGAGCCCCAGGGUGUGGACCGGGAUCACCCCCACCGGUCCAGAGGGGGGGGAACAGGGUCCGGUCCGCUUGGGUUCGGGCCUCUGGUAGGGUUCCGGUUGGCAGGAUAGUGGAGCAGCGGCCGUCCACCCCACUCACUGCCGGAGUAGGCCCCAGUUGGGAUACCGAUGACCUCUCCUCCAGGGGACUGUAGCUCGAGGAGCCAGCCUCACCCUGGUUUCGGAUACUCCUGUGCAUUGAGGAUUGUUGCUGGAGGUCGCGUUUGAAGCGAAAAAAUCUUGGUUUUAAGGCUUUAGGUUUGGAAACUUGCAGGAGCUGAGUAUGCAUGCGACCAUCCAGCUCAGCGGUUCGGCCCCGCCCCCCCAAAGGAUGUUUCUGUUGAACUGUUGGCAAAGAAAUGACAAAAGAGGAAAGUGCAGCUAUAACAGCACACAGUUGGUGCUUUAACAGGAUACUCAAUUCAUAUUUACUACUUUGCAUGUACGGUGUCAUUUUCAAUCCUUUCCUCAUAGUGAAAAUAUUGUCCAGCUAUAAGCCCACCCUGUUACAAAGGGGAAUUUUCCUUAGAGGGGCUGAUGCCAUGGCCACAUCAUUAGCUCCAGUUAAGAGAAAUUGAUUUUAGCUGUAACUGUCCACUUGGGCUGUGCAUUAAUAUGCAUUUCUUAACCAGGUGCUAGGCAACAUACCCCAUGAACUGGAUUAUGAGAAAUCUAAUCAGCACUAACAAAUAGAUGGUUUAGAAUUGGCUAACAGGUGUCUGAUAUUUUCUGAUCUGAGAAGGGCUGAAUAUGGGUAACUGCAAUAUUAUUUCUUUCUUUUUUACAAUCUUUAUUUUGUUGUGGUUGGUACCACAAGAUUUUGUUGUAAAUCAGAAAAUACGAAUAUAAGGUACACACAGUAAACCUGUAAGGGCAUUUAAGUAAGGCACUUCUAAAAUGCAAACAAAAAAAAAUAAAACUAUAUGAGUGCAUUUCUAAUUCAAAGUCUUAAUUAAAGAGUGUUAUCGAGGGGGGCGGGGCCUGACUUCCAAGCAGACCAGAUGUGUGUGGAGCUAGCUCCAGUGUUUGGUACCUAUAAAACGAGUUAAUAGUCAGGUGGGCUAGGGAGAGGUGGUUGCUCUCUUGACUCUCUAGCUGUUUUUUGCAAAUUUAGCAUGCCUACUCCCUUCCCCCACCCCCACCCCCCCCUUUUGGACCUGUGGGGGUUACCACGGUUCCGGGAGCCCAUAUAUCACUCACCAUCCCGUCGGGCCAACGAGGCUCCCAAGAUGGCAGAGACCAGCGUUAGAAAUAUGACUGCCUCAAACAUCACUGCCUCACUGUCUGCACUCGACCUGAUCUUCCUAAAAUUUCUAGCCCGCAUAGCAAAGAGAAAGCAAAGAUCGCGGUCUCUCUUGCAUGGGUACGGUGAACAGACGAGGGCUCCUACGCCUAUACCACAGAGUGGCCCCGCAAUACCAAACAAAAUAUCCCUACAUACUCGACCAGUGUGCAAACAUCUAGCCCUUACCAGGAGAUGACAGCGGGAUCCGCUCUGGCAGCUACCCAUAGCACAAGAUUGCUUGGGGCUGUGCCUGGUAGUGUUGGGAGUUGGCACCAGACCCAGAGCCUGGGAAAGGCCUCCCACUGUGCCCUCCAAAAUGGCGGUGGUGAUCAGGAGACCCCACGCAAGCUUUGGGCAAGGCUGUAGCUUAUGCUACACGGCAGUGAAACUCACUCGGAACACAAGGAUUCUCUCCUGGGAGCCCAGCAGUUAGCUCGCAAUCCGGAAUCGGUUGAGAAUGCUUGUCGCACACAGAGACCAGCAGCGGCUGCAAGCCAGAUUAUCUACAGGAUGGUGGACUCCUGGUGUUAUGGUUUACUCUUUAUUUUCUUUUUAAAUUCAUUAACAAUGCCAAUUAAUUGCUUAUGUAUAAUAUGCUUGUGCAAAUUUCCUUUACCCAGUCCUAGUUCGAAAACUGCAUAAAAAAAAAAAGUGCUGUUACUCUACGUGACACAGCUUGACAAGCCUUUUUGUUAACCUAUAUUCUUAAAAUAAGUCUCUAUCUGCCUUUAUUUUACUUUUUUUGCACUACAAAAUUUUUUAUAUAUAAUUUUUUAUUUUUUUUUAAAUGUUAUCGAUCUUAUGAUCUGUUACUGCAGAGAAAAUGCGCAAAAGGACUAGUAUGGGAACUUGCCAAUCCCUGGUAGCCCUUCUACACCCAACAGAGUAGCUCACUAUACAGAAAGUCAUACAGUGGACCCUGCAGCAGCAGUGCAUCUUCCACAGUCCGGGACUUGAGCAACGCUUUUACUCCUGGCACUACAACUCUCUGCUGUACCGGGAGAGGCGCAGGAGGCAACUGGAGGCCUUUCAAGCAUUCUUUUGGAUUUUCGAGGGCCUGACAGAACAUGAACUGCAUCCCCGUGGGGUACCGCCAGAUUCCAGAGACUGAAAUCCUGCAGUUGCCCACGCCAAACCUAGGAUUCUUUCCUGAGCGGGCCAUAAUAGCCAAUGUAACAGAAAAUGUCCAGGGUGACCGCUAUGUGUCUGGUUGCAUCCACAGCAGCAGUUGGCACCUUCCUGAUCCUGUAUGCUGACACGAUGGGCGACAAUUGAAGAUUAUGCUAGCGCUAGUGUACUUAUAAUCUUAAUUUUAGUAAUGACAGGAGGCGAGUAUUUUGCAUUAACUCUCUUUACUAACUCCACACAGCAGUAAAGAAAAGUGAAACAUUAACCAAUGAAAAAACAGUAUGAGGUAUAGUAUUCACAGUGAUGAGGCUCCUCCCCCUCUUUCGAAAGCGACAUCAAAGACAAAUAUAGAAAACGGAUAAAGUCUUGAAACAUAAAGUCUUGAAACAUGCACCAACGGGUGACUUUCCACAUACGAAGUCCUAGUGGCUGAAGGACGGUCCAAACGUGUCCAUCCUGAGCAUGAGAUGUAAUGUCCCAAGGUUAUGCUGAAAAAGAACGUGGAGAAGGUUAGGUACCGAUCUGGCAACUGUUUGCAGUAAUGUAAUACACCCAACACAAUUUCCACUGAACUGAUGCAAAACUAGAUGAGAAAACUAGUACAAAUAUGACAGUAAACCAUAACAAUGAUCUAGCUAAACAAGGUACAAGCCUGAGUCAUACAAGAUGAAUAGGAAGAUAGAAGAAGUAAGGAAUACACAGAGUAAGUAUACUUACUUGGAUCCUUAUCCCCCAAGGGUGUGGAGGGUGGGAAAAUACUCGCCUCCUGUCAUUACUAAAAUUAAGAUUAUAAGUACACUAGCGCUAGCAUAAUCUUCAAUUUUACCACAUGACAGGAGGCUUCAUAUUUUGCAUUUUUAACGCUGAACCAGGAGAGACGUGGCUGCCCCCGCAUUCGGUCGGAAGUAGAAGGUCCGAAAGGUCGAUUCUCGUGACCAAUCUGCAGCUCGUAGGAUGUCUGCCAGGGAUGCGCCUGCGGUGAAAGCCGAAGAAGCUGCCGCCCCGCGGACUGAGUGGGCUCCGAAGGUUUCCUCUACGCCUGCCAGGGACAGAAUCCAUCUUACCCAUCUGGCCAGGGUGGUGGUAGAGACGGGAACGUGUGGCCUAACGUAGGACACCAAGAGUUGGCCCGUAGGGGAGACGCGCAAGCGGGUUGUGACCUCUACGUAUCGAUGUAGGGUAGAUACCACGCAGAGAAGCGGUUCUGUAGGAAAAAAGGGGUAGAAGACCGAUGUGGAGUCGGAUUUCGUACGGCGUGAAACUUGGAAGGUAACUCCCUCCGGGGAGACCGAAAAGGCAUCGAUGUCGAAUGCUCGUACGUCUGAAACUCUGCGGAACGAGACCAAACAAAGUAGGAGCGUCAGUUUGGCUGAUAGUUGUCGGAGUGAAAGUCUGUCGUUGUCUGGCCAGUCCCUCAGGAACUGUAGGACGUUUUCGACGUCCCAUAGUCGGGAAUAUUUAGGUCUCGGAGGCCUCUGAAGUCUGAUGCCCCUGAGGAGGCGGCAUACCAACGGGUCUUUCCCGACGGGGAUCCCCUGGGCCGGAACGUGGGCCGCCGAAAUUGCGGAGCGCACUACGUUGAGGGAUCGGUAAGAUCGGCCCUUGGAGAAGAGAUGCGAGAGAAAAUUCAUGAUGGCUGUUAUAGGUGCCGUAAAGGGAUCAAAAUUCCGCUCACUGCACCAAGUAGCCCAGGAGCUCCAUGCCGAUAAGUAACAUCGUCUGGUUCCUGGUGCCCAUGAGUCCCAUAGGAGAUCUCGAGAUGUUUGCGAUAACUCUUCGGUUUGCCAGGCUCCCCUGAAAGCGUCCAAGCCACCAGCGUGAGACGGUCUUCCAGGAUGAGCGGGUGUUGAUUCCCUCUCGGGUCCGUAAGGAGCGUCGGAUAGGACGGUAUGAGGAGGGGAUCUCUGUAGGAUGAUGCUAGAAGGUCCGGAAACCAUGGUUGACCCUGCCAUAGGGGUGAGAUGAGGAGCAGGGAUCCGCGCUGGGUCUUCAGGUAUUGCAUCGUCCUGGCUACCAUGGCGAAUGGGGGAAAGGCGUACGCCCCCGAGGGUGGCCAAGGUUGGAGAAACGCAUCUACUGCUUUGCUCUCUGGGUCUGGGAGCCAGCUGAAGUACUCGUCUGUCUGCCUGUUGUUGCGUGACGCGAAGAGGUCUAGGUGGAGGGGACCCCUCCUGACCGAAAGGCGCUGGAAGAUCGCUGGGUCCAGUCUCCAGUCGCUGCUGUCCCGCCAGUGGCGUGAAAACCAGUCCGCUGUCAGGUUCGUUUCUCCCGGGAGGUAUUCUGCCAUGAGGGAGAUUUUCCGGGGUAGACAAAAGUCGAAAAUGUCCUUCGUGAUCUCUGAGAGGAGUCUGGAUCGGGCUCCUCCCAGACGAUUGAUGUAGCGGAACGCUGAGAUGUUGUCCAUCCGGAGGAGGAUGCAGCAGUCUGUCCGGUCUCUCGCUAAGCUGCGGAUCGCAAACGACCCCGCUAGGAGUUCUAGGCAGUUUAUGUGAAGGUUGGUUUCUUGGGAAGUCCAAGUGCCUCCUGUCGAUCUGCCCUCGCUUGUGGCGCCCCAGCCCCACAGGCUGGCGUCUGAUUCCAGAAUGGUGUAUUCCCGAAGAUGGCUCGGCCGCUCCAAGCUUCCAUGCUGUCCAACCACCAUCCGAGUUCUUCCUUGAUCUCUUCCGUUACCGGAAUGUUUUGGUCGUAGGAAGGGUUCUGACGGAGGAAGGAGGCCUUCAGGCGUUGCAUCGCCCUGUAGUGUAGUGGGCCCGGGAAGAUUGCCUGUAUAGAUGCGGACAGUAGUCCCACGAUUCGAGCCAGGCUGCGGAGUGGAAUGGUGUUGCAGCGGAUGACUCUGCGUAGUUCCUUUUUGAUGGCUGUGAUCUUUGAGAUCGGGAGCCGUAAGGUGCUGGUCUUGGAGUCUAUCUCGAAGCCCAGGAAGUGUAUCGUCUGGGCUGGGAGCAGCUCCGAUUUUUGGUAGUUCACCACGAAGCCUAGGGACGUCAGGAGUUGAAUGGUAUAUCGUGUGUGUUGUGUUAGACUGUACCUGUCUGAGGAAAAAAGUAGCAGGUCGUCCAGGUAGAUAAUGCAACGAAUUCCUUGAGUUCGUAGUUGUGAUACUACCGGCUUGAGGAGCUUGGUGAAGCACCAUGGUGCUGAGCUGAGGCCGAAGGGGAGGCAUGUGAACUGCCAGGGGCGACCUUGCCAUCGGAAUCUGAGGAAUUGUCGGCAAGACGUAUGGACGGGUACCGAUAGGUAGGCGUCCUUGAGGUCCAGUCUUGUGAACCAGUCCCUGUCUUGGAGCAGAUCUCUUAGAAGAUGGAUGCCUUCCAUCUUGAAAUGUCUGUACCUCACGAAAAAGUUGAGCCUCCUUAGGUUUAUAACCGGCCGGAAGUCUCCGGAUUUCUUCUUCACUAGAAAAAUGUUGCUGAAGAAGCCGUUUUUGUCGUGAGCGGGUUCUAUUGCUCCUUUCGCCCUGAGUUCCCAUAGUUCGCCAUCGAUUAGGUGGCGAUCCUCGUUGGAGCACUGAAUGGGGUGCGGAGGAGUGGUCUGGCAUGGGGUUUCCACGAAAUCUAUGAUGUAGCCCCGAACCGUCUGAAGGAUCCAUGCGUCCGUGGAGAUGGCUGUCCAGUUCUGAAAAGACAGAGCGAUACGACCUGCAGUACACGGGGUAAGAGGACAUUGAGACAUUAUGUUGCUUACCUGUGGGAAAGCGUGCUCUGCCACGGCCACGAGGUCCUCUGCCUCUGUCGGCUCCUCGGGUGUAGGAGAAAGGCUGCCUGACGCCCACUUCCGGGUAGAAGGGUUGGGGUCUGUGUGAGCGGGGGCCGGAGGGCCAAAACCGGCUGGCUGCUCGGCCCCUGUAGCGGCCAGCCCGUCCAAAAACACCCCUACUGGGGUAGCCCCUGAAGACUCGCUUCAUGGAAGUUUGAGCCUUAUUUAGUGAGGUGAAAAUGUUUACAUGCUUGUUAAGUUCUUUGAGGAAUGCUUCCCCAAACAAUUUGCCCUGUGCAAGCGGUCCCAACUCCUUGGUGCCCAAUUCCACCAGUUUUCCGUCAAUACGGAGUAGCGCUGCCUUACGCCUCUCAGAGGAGAGGGCUACAUUGGUGUUGCCCACAAAACAGAAGCACCUCUGUGCCCAUUCUCUUAUAUCAUGUGCCCACUCUUUUACCAUGCUGGUAUCAAAUUCGUCAGCCCUUGUGAAAGCAUCGUCCGCCAAAAACAUGAUGCGGGACAGUGGGCCAAUGGAGUCUAGGAGUUUGUCCUGAACUCCGUGGAAUCCUUUUUCCACUCCUCUCCUGGGGUCACGACCACCCCGCGACAUGAAUGUGUUCAUGACCUGGUCGAAUUCGGGAGUCUGAGCCACGUGGUCGGGGAGCGAAGGGCGAGGGCAUUCAGAACGUAGGCGGUUGCGCACCGUUUUGUCCAGGGGUUUGCGGAGCCAACGAUGCAUAAAUUUGGAGAGAUGGUCGGGAGGGGUCCAGUCCCCCGAACGCGGGUGUCGUAUAUUUCGGGGGUCGAAUAGACGUUGACCCGUGGGGUCCAGAAUGGCUUCCCCUUCUUCUUGGACCGGUGUGGCGUCCGGCAGUUGGAUGUCGUCCAAGAAGGUGCCUUGCAGGAAACCAGUAUGGGAUCCCGUGUCCGAACCCCAGUCAUUUUCUUGUGAAUCGGAAUCUGCGGCCUGCCACUCGUCCAACACGGCCAUGGAGUGUGUGUGUUCGUCCCCCUCGUCCGAGGAGUAGUGGGCUGGAGUGGGUGGGGUCGGCCUGUGGCGUUUGCAAGGUGUCUUGCCUUUGCCCGGGUUGUCAUUCCCUUUUUCGCCCUUCCAGUGGCGUUUGCUGGGCCGUGAGUCGGCCUGAGCAUGAGAUUCUGAAGCCUCAGAAUCGUAGUCAUGGGCUUGGGCUUUUGUGACUUUUUUAGUCUGAUCGGCUGUUGCCGUCAUAACCCUGGAUAACGCUUUCUCCAUAGAGGCGGAGAUGGCUUCCGCAAUCGUGGUUUGGAAGUCCGCAGGGUUUUGGGGUGUAUCCAUAAUGAUAGGAGUAGGGCCGCUGGAAUAGAUAAAUCUGGGCUAGGGGUCAGUCUGAAAAAAGGUACCUGCAGUACCCAGGUAACCCCAGCAGGGUAAAUUAUAUAUAUAUAUGUAGAUAUAUAAUAAAAGGGAAAAAAGGGCACCCCAGCAGGGUGAAUAUGAUAAAGCUGGUAACAAAAGCACCAGUUUCCCCAGCAGGGAAUAUUGGGUUUUAUUCUGGGCCUCACCCAGUUAUAUAUGCAUUCAUAUAUAUAGGUGGCACGAAAUCCACCUGGCAGCAGCAGUAAUCAAAUAUAAGGGCCUCACCCUGGCACACAAAACGCUGGUGGAGCCAGUAAUAUCAAUAAGUAUGGGGCCUCACCCCAAAGCACAGGAUUAAUAAUCUUCUAAAUGGAUGACUGACCUGGGGACCCCUGAUUGCGUCCGGUGGUGAGGUGAACGGGCGCCGGAAUGAGCGGUCGCGACGCUCCCAAGAUGGCGGCCGUGGAUCUCGCGAGACGCGAGAUCCAAGAUGGCCGCCGGAGCGAACGGGAAACAGUUUCCCGCCGCGCGACCAGAGUGAGUGCGGCUGUGAAGCCGCGAGGAAGGAGUAGGGUGGAGGAGGGUGAGCGUUACCCUCAGAGAAAGAGGUGGGCGUUUGCGGUCGGUCCGACGGCGGAGAAAGCUGGCGGACCGAGUGGGAAAAGGGAGGGGGGGGGGGAGAGACAGGAGAAGAUCCUGAAGGGGGGAGAGGAAAAAUCCCCAGAAGAGUAAAGUUCAAGGGGGGCAGAGAUAAAGGGAUAAAAAAGGAGGAAAGUGCUUCCAUAAAAAGUCUGCCCUAAUAAUACAACAGAAAGUACAAACCACUAGCACAGUACAUAUAAAAGGACAAUAAAAGAAAAAGCCCACCUGAAGCAGUACUACACAGUAACUACAUGUAAGGAUAUAUCAUAGAGAACAUAAAAUAAACAUAUAGUAAUAAAUACAGUAAGUAAAAGGGAAGAGCCAAAAACUCUGACCUGUCUGCUGAUGGAGCAGUAAAGAAAGAGGGGGAGGAGCCUCAUCACUGUGAAUACUAUACCUCAUACUGUUUUUUCAUUGGUUAAUGUUUCACUUUUCUUUACUGCUGUGUGGAGUUAGUAAAGAGAGUUAAUGCAAAAUAUGAAGCCUCCUGUCAUGUGGUAAAAUUCCCCUUCUUCUUUCACCUCCAUUGCCUGUGUCACUUUAUAGACAAAGUCUAGCAAAGCCUGUUGUUCAACUAUUUCUGGCGCUCCGCUAAUUCAUAAAAUUUUUUCCUGCUGAUUUCGCGUCUCCAGUGAUGCCUCUGUACAGGAAUGGAGGUGGUCCACUGGGUGAGGGAUUCCACUGCUCACGCUCUCCUUCUCUGGACUUGACGACCCCAAUCAUGCCGUAACCCACCGAUCUCUUUCUUCACUCCUGUGAGGCCUGCUUUUAAAAUCUCUCACAGGUCCAAGAGGAGUUUUUUAAUGUCCGCUUUAGGAGAUGGAGACAUGUCUGUGUCAGUCCUCAGGUACACAGUACCAGUAGCUUGUGAUGUUGGAAGUCUCUCGUCAUCCUGGAAAUAAUCAAUCUCUUGAGCCAUGCUGUCCCCUGGGCACCAUUAUGAGUCGGGCCUGUGGCAGUGGCCUCUCAAACGAUAUCACGGACAUUGGUGCUUUCUGAAUUGUCAAAUUUGUUGUGUUUUCACUCCAUCUCUCUUUCGGAUGAAGCCAAAGUUUCUGUAGCUGGUCUGUAUUCUUUUAAUUUUGUGGCAUAAAGGUCUUUUUUUAGUAAAUAGAAGCCUGAGCACCUUACUUGCACGUCUGCUCAGCUAGCCACACCCUCAUGUUUUUUUAUUUUAUUUUAUUUUAUUUAUUUAGAAAAUAAAUUAGGUUAAAUCCCAGUUUUGAGAAUACCUUUCAAUAUAUGCAGUAGUCUAUUUGUUUUUUUGUAAUCUGAAAUACUGUAGGUAGUUAUGUAGUUGCUAGCUCUGUGACUUGUACAGACAUGCAUUGAUCCUAUUUUGUAUUGAAGCAAAAUGUCUUAAAGAACAUUGUUUGUCGCACAUCAAGUUGACAUCAUCUACAAAGGUGGCCAAUAUCUGAAAUAGUGGCUUUGUAUUGUUUAAACACCAAAUUGGCACUGCUAUUCACAAUAUGAAAAAAUCUGCCAACAAAAGGGUGCACCACAAAUUAAAGGGACCCUACAAGUGAAAUUAUAUCAGUUUUUCAGGAACACACCUCUAAUAGCUGUCAGGCUUCCGCAGCUGUAAUAACUCUGUUAUAGCUCCAAAGGCUGUCAUUGAUAGCAUUUGAUUGGUUCAGCAUUUUGCUGCACCUGCGCACUUGCCUCCCAGUGAUUCCUUACAAGCUGUGGUUUGAUUGACUAUCAUUGAGACUGGGGAUCACAGAUGGAGUGCCAACAUGGAGACCAAUGUACCUCUGGAUGUAAGGCAAGUACAACUUUUAAACCUCUGCCAGGUGGGGUUGGAUACCUACAUAGUUAGGGGAACACUAUAGAGUUAAAAAUAUAUGUUUGCAUUCCCUACGCAAUAGUGUUACUUUGGGUAUAUUAUAUUGUAAAAAAUAUUAAUUGUUUACAAAUUAUCUAUAGUACUUGUCUGCAUUUUACAUUUGUUAUAUUCAGCUCCUGUUCACAAUAUCUGUUUUGCACAAUGUUUUUCUGAUUAGCCCGUUUAUUUUGUUUUUACAGGGAGUGCAGCAUUUGGGUCCUGCUACAGACUUUUACAAGAAACUGGCUCUAGAUUGCUCUGGACAGCAGACUGCAGUUGAUUUGUUUCUUUUAAGUUCUCAAUAUUCUGAUCUCGCCUCGCUAGGUAUGUAGAAAUUAGUCUGUUUCUCAUAUUUAGACCUAUAACAUGAACUAAAUAGAAUAAAUCAGACUAUAUAUUUCAAGAUAGAUAAGUAAUUUCCUAUCGUUUGAAUUAUUCAGUGUGCUUUAUUCGCUCAAGGACUUUUUCAAUUCAAAGCAUAUAUCUGAGGAGCUCUUUACAUCAGUGAUCACAGAUGUAGUCAAUUAAAAAAAUGAAUGUUAAAGAGAAAAUGCACAUUUUAGUUUUGUUUUUUUACUUUUCCUAUUAUCUUUCAUCAGUAUAAACCUUUGGUGAUGUAAUGUGUGUGUGUGUGUGUAUAUAUGUAUAUAUAUAUAUAUAUAUAUAUAUAUAUAUAUAUAAAAAAAUUAUACUUAAAGGAACACUACAGCAGGAAUUAACAAAUUUGCUUUGAAUCUAGGAGCCAGCUAAAAAAGGUAGGUGCCAGAUUUUUUUUUUUAAACUCACAAAGCUUUAUAUUCAACAACAAAAAUAUUAUUUUUAAAGGAGCACUAUAGGGUCAGGAACACAAACAUGUUUUCCUGACCCUAUAGUGUUAAAACCACCAUCUAGCCCCCCUUGGCCCCUCAUACCUCCCUAAAUAUAGCAAAAUCUUACUGUAUUCAAGCCAGAAGCUGUAGAUCUGCAUGAUGUUUGCCUCAAAAAUCCUGUAUCCUGAUCCAAUCACAGUGCUACCCCAUAUGAUUGGCUGAGACUGACAAAGAGGCAGAUCAGGGAUUCAAACACAGCCCUGGCCAAUCAGCAUCUCCUCAUAGAGAUUAAUUGAAUCAAUGACUCUCUAUGAGGAAAGUUCAGUGUCUGCAUGCAGAGGGAGGAGAUACUCAAUGUUUGGAUGCAUUUUAGGCAGCCAUGACCCAGGAAGGAUCUCUGAGUGGCCAGUGAAGUUAUCACUAGGCUGUAAUGUAAAUACUGCAUUUUCUCUGAAAAGACAGUGUUUACAGCAAAAAGCCUGAAGGUAAUAAUUCUACUCACCAAAACAAAUUCAAUAAGCUGUAGUUGUUCUGGUGACUAUAGUGUCCCUUUAAUGUAGAGAAAAGGCAGUGUUUACUCAGACGGUCACUAGAGGUGCUUCCUGUGUCAUUUAGCGUCUCCAUGCUCUGCAUUCAAUGCAUCUCUGUGAGGAGAUGCUGAUUGGUGCAGCAUUUUGCAGCCAAUCCUAUGGGAAAACAUUGUAUGGGCUGAGAUAAUCAAGCUUGAUGGGCCAGUCGAGGGGAGUCCAGCACGGCGUGAGUGAAAAAACACCGUUCCCUUGUGAACAGAAUCACACACGCACACCAUGGCAGACCUAAACUUACUUAUCAUGAAAGACAGACACACACCAUGACAGAGAGAAACACACACGCACACCAUGGUAGACAGAAACACACACACAAUGACAGACUUUGUUAAUAUACACGUAUGUUCCAUGACAGACACCCGUUUAUUGCUAUGUUUAUAGAAAAAAGGGUUAAUCCUAGCUGGACCAGGCACCCAGACCACCUCAUUAAGCUGAAGUGGUCUGGGUGCCUAUAGUGGUCCUUUAAUGAGACUGGAGCCGGAAUAUGACCUCAUAUUCCGGCUCCGGCCUCAUUAAGAGGUACGCGGGGAAGCAGAGCAGUGACAUCACAGCUCCCUUGCCGCCUUCCUACUAUUUGUGCAGCUAGCUGCCCGCCUCCACGACCACCCACCAUGCUGCUGUCCUCCAUAAUCUCCCAGUUUGCCGCUGGCCACCCUCCCACGUGCCUCUGAGGUAAGGAGCUUGCAUAUCCUAGGCGCCAAUGCAAAAUUACUAGGCGCCAUGGCAACCCGGCGCUUAGGAUUUGUUGAGCCCUGCGCUAUAGUGUCAGGAAUGCAAUAUGUAUUCCUGAUAUUAUAAUGCUGGGAACAUAUUUUUUGUCACCUUUUCUACAGCUGGCCACGUCUCCAUGGCUGAGAUUAUUAAAAGACCACUAUAGGCACCCAGACCACUUCAGCUUAAUGAAGUGGUCUGGGUGCCAGGUCCAGCUAGGAUUAACCCUUUUUUUGGUAAACAUAGCAGUUUCAGAGAUGUUUACCUAUGGGUUAAUCCAGCCUCUAGUGGCUGUCUCAUUGACAGCCGCUAGAGGGCUUCCGCGCUUCUCACUGUGAUUUUCACAGUGAGACGAUGCCAGCGUCCAUAGGAAAGCAUUGAUAAUUGAUAAUGCCUCCCUAUGGACUGUCUGAAUGCGCGCGCGGCUCUUGCCGCGCAUUCGCAUUCAGCCGGUGACUGAAGAAGAGGGAGGAGAGGAGGAGGAGAGCUCCCUGCCCGCCGCUGGAGAAAGAGGUAACCCCUAGAGCCCGGCGGGAGGGGGACCCUGAGGGUGGGGGCACCGUCAGGGCACUAUAGUGCCAGGAAAACGAGUAUGUUUUCCUGGCACUAUAGUGGUCAUUUAAGUUUUAUAUCAUCAGCCAAUCCAAUGCUUUCUCAUAGGAAAGCACAAGGAGGCUGUUGCACAUGCACAGCACGGCACCAAUCAGCCUCUGCCCAUAGAGCUGCAUUAAACCUAUGCAUCUCUAUGAGGAACGUUCAGUGCCGCCAUGCAGAACCUGGAGACACUGAAUGCCAGUGCUACACACUGCAUCACUAGGAAUCACCUCUAGUGGCCAUCUGGGUGACUGCCAUUAAAGGUGUUACUAGAUGACAAUGUAAAUACUGACUUUUCUCUGAAGAGGCUGUGUGUACAGUACUAAGGCUGCAGGGACAUGUAGACACCAUGCUAUCUGUAUCACUAUCUCUAUGCUUUAGUGCGAUCUUAUUUUUAUACAUUUAAUGUUAUAUCAGUAUUUUUUUGCUUAGCAUUAUUGUUGUUUUGUGUGUAAAUAAUUUUAUGUUGCAUUGUUUAUCAAGUAUAAAAUUAUUUUGUGUUUGUGUUCCUGAAUCUGAAUUCAUAUACCUUUAUUUUCACAGCGUGUAUGUCAAAGUACAGUGCAGGGUGUGUAUAUUAUUAUCCAUCAUUCCAUGCAACUCACAAUCCAGCUCAGGCAGAUAAAUUAAAGGAAGACCUCAAUCGUUAUCUCACCAGAAAAGUUGGCUUUGAAGCAGUAAUGCGAAUACGAUGCACUAAAGGUAUGGAAUAUUUACCUGUUUACCCUUUGCAUUUAUGUUGUAUGACUGGAAUAUCUCAUCCAAACCUAUCUUUAUUUUCUCAGCAAGUAUGAAAGCCGAGUUCGGUGUAAAUUUGUCUAAAGUUCUAGGAGUGAGAGGGGCUCGAAUACUGGCUAUUUGCAAAACUUCUCUAUAAUUUUGGUACACAACACUAUAUUUUUUUUAAUGUUGCCUCAAUUAGUGAAGCUGUGUGAAACAAGCCUUCAUGGGCAAUAUUAUCCAAAACUUGGUUUGAAUUGAACUUCUAUGAAAUAGGUUUUGAAUCUUCUGCUUUACAUGUAUAUAUAAUAUUCAUUUUUAUUAAAUCUCACACAACUGUUUCACCUCUAACAUUUAUUUUUGAAUAGCCGAGUUCGGUGUAAAUUUGUCUAAAGUUCUAGGAGUGAGAGGGGCUCGAAUACUGGCUAUUUGCAAAACUUCUCUAUAAUUUUGGUACACAACACUAUAUUUUUUUAAAUGUUGCCUCAAUUAGUGAAGCUGUUUGAAACAAGCCUUCAUGGGCAAUAUUAUCCAAAACUUGGUUUGAAUUGAACUUCUAUGAAAUAGGUUUUGAAUCUUCUGCUUUACAUGUAUAUAUAAUAUUCAUUUUUAUUAAAUCUCACACAACUGUUUCACCUCUAACAUUUAUUUUUGAAUAUUUAAAGGAACACUAGUGUCAGGAAUUCAUACAUUCCUUACACAGUAGUGUUAAAUAGUGAUGUCCCGAACGGUUCGCCACGGACUCAUCAUUGAGUAAACUUUGACCCUGUACCUCACAGUCAGCAGACACAUUCCAGCCAAUCAGCAGCAGACCCUCCCUCCCAGACCCUCCCACCUCCUGGACAGCUCACUAAGAAUGCAGCUUCAAAAUGGAUGCCGUCCAGGAGGUGGGAGGGUCUGGGAGGAAGGGUCUGCUGCUGAUUGGCUGUAAUGUCUGCUGACUGUGAGGUACAGGGUCAAAGUUUACUUAAUGAUGAGUCCGUGGCAAACCGUUCAGGACAUCACUAGUGUUAAACAAACUAUUUAGCACACCAGCCAUCCUCAUAUCUCUUUAAAAAGGUUUUAAACGUACCUUUUCUCCUACACUGCUCCAGUCACGUGGAGGCUGGUCCCAUCUUCAUGGCUGAGAUCAUCAUCCCAUAGGAGAGCAUUGGGUGUCUAUCAGGGCCGGACUGGGAAUUAAAAGCAGCCCUGGAAAAAAAAUAUUUACCAGCCCCAUAAUGCGUCGCGCCAGCAUAGUGUGCAGAUACAGAGUUAGAACAGAUAACUUAAAAUUAAAAAGUACUUCAACAUAAAAAGCGCACUCAUAGGCUUCAAAAUAAACAAAAGUGCAGAUUUAUUUUAAGCAGACGUGCCUUUGCAUGUAAUCAAUGUUUCAGUCCAACUACCUUGACAUAUUAAGGAAAGCUUGAUAAUGGGACUGAAAUGGUGAAGGUAUGUAGGGCACAACUGUAAAAAAUGUUUAUUUUGAAGUCCUGUGGGUGUGCUCUUCACUUUAAAUAUGUUAUUGUGCUUGAGUUUGCACCUAGCAACAAGAUUGGGCCAAUAUCUGCUCAUUACAUAUGGUACAUGAAAUUUCUCUGUGUAUUAUGCAUAUAUAAAUGUACAUUAAUAUGUGUAAAUAUAUAUCAAAUAUACACAUUAAUAUACAUGUCAUAUACCAGUGACGGAUCCAGAGCCUGAGCCCGGGAGGGGCACUUGUAGAUUAUUUAAAGAAAUAUUCCAUGCACAAUAACCACUACUCCGCUGUGUAGUGGUUAUGGUGCCAGGAGUGUCGGCACCCCCUCCCAGAGUAAGUAGUCAAACCGUUUAAGAACAGUUUGACAACUUACCUGGAGUCUGCUGGGAUAUGGGGCUGUAGUAGGGUAUAGGAGCAGUGGUGCAAUGUGUGUGAAAGGUUCAGUGUGUGGGUGUGGGGGGCAGUGUGUGAAUGUGUAUGGUGUGUGUGGGGGCAGUGUGUGAAUGUGUAUGGUGUGUGUGUGUGUGUCAAUGUCUCCCCUCUCCUUCCCAGUCUCUCUCUUCCCCCUCUGCCUCUUUCUUCCCCUCCCCUUGUGUGUCUCUCUCUUUUCUCCCUCUUUGUCUCUCUCUUCCCCCUCUGCCUCUUUCACCCCCUUUCCCUGUAUCUCUCCCUCCCCCCUUUCCCUGUGUCUCCCUCCAACCCAUCUCUCCCCCCUUUCCCUGUCUCUCUCCCCUCUCCCCAUCUCUCUUCCUCCCCCCUUUCCCUGUGUCUCUCUCCCUCCAAUCUCCCCCUUUCCCUGUCUCUCCCUCUCCAUCUCCUCUCCCUCCCUUUCCUGUCUCUCCUCUCCUCCCUCCCCUUUCCUGUGUCUCUCCUUCUUCUCCCUCCUUCUCCCCUCCCCCCCUUUCCCUAUCUCUCCCCUCUCCCUCCCUCCCCUUUUCCCUGUGUCUCUCCCUCCCUCUCCCCUUUCCCUGUGUCUCUCCCCCCCGCCCCCAAUUUACUUUAGAGAAGGCAGAGGGGACGGCCGCAUUCCAGACUGGAGCCGCCGGGCCGGGUGGCAGCUUUACCAGUCCAGCGGCACUCCAGUCACUGAUGGCUGAAGGAGGAGGAGCCUGUCUAACAUGCUCCCUCGCGGUUUCUGUGCUGGGAAUUGUGGGAACCGCAAGGGAGCAUGGUAGACAGGCUCCUCCUCCUUCAGCCAUCAGUGACACCAGUGACUGAAGUGCCACCGGACCGGCGAAGCUACCACCAGGCCCGGCGGCUCCAGUCUGGAACGCGGCCGGCCCCCUCUCAGUGUGCCACCUAUGUGGCAGCGCACCCCCCAGGUGCUGCGGCCCACCGGGAAAUUUCCCGGUAUCCCGGUGGGCCAGUCCGGCCCUGGUGUCUAUUGCACAGGCACUUCCAAACGCAACAAUGUGUCAUUUGGUAUCUCCUCAUAGAGAUGCAUUGAGCAUGGUGACACUGAACGCCAGUACUGCACACUGUAGCACUGAGGUAGGAAACCCCUCUAGUGGCCAUCUGAGUGACUUCCACCAUAGGGUCUACUAGGCAGCAAUGUAAAAACUGCCUUUUCUCUGAAAAGGCAGUUUUUACAUUAAUAUGCCUGCAAAGACAGACUUUAUAGACACUAAAAUCACUACAUUAAGUUGUAUUGGUUCUGGUGAAAAGUGUCAGUUUAAGCUGCAUUUUCCAUAUAUAAAAUGCAGCUUGAAAGGACAACAGUGUUACUUGUAUUGUGGGAAAAUUAUUCCAUUGUGGGCUUCCGGAGAAAUCAUAAUAAACCAGAAGACUGACAGUCUGCUGACUCAUAUCUCCAGAAUGCAAAGAUAUGUUAGGUUUAAUGUCCAUGUGAAAUUAGCUUAGUGCGUAAUUAGUUAAGGUCGUGUAUGGUUCUAACCUGUCAUUAAAGAGUUUUCAGGAAUCUGAUAAGGUGCACUUCAAGCAGGGAAGCCAACAUAGGUAGUGUAAUGCAGCACGAUUGUGUGCGUUUUUGCCCCAGCCAGGGGCCUGUAGAUUACUGAUGAUGUCAUCUACAAGAUUUUCUUAUUCACCGUAGUGAAAUGGUCUAACCAUGUAGCUUACAGUCCAUUACAUUGUGCUCUGUAUUUAAGACGUCUGUAUGUGCCAUAUUCCUGCCCCUCACUGCUGGCCUACAUGUUCCACAAAGACCAUAUCGGAGUAGCACAUCUGAAAUCAGUUGUUGGUUUUCAUUGCAACACAAAUGCCUUAUACACAAACACAUAUAUAAUUUUUUUCAAUAAUUUUUUUUUAAGUAAUGUGUUUAUUUAUUUUUUUGUGUUUUGUAUUACAUUUUCAGGUCUCUCCAUACACACUUUUCACGGGAAUUUUUUUGUGCGUUCCACGGACCUGUUGUCUCUCGCAAAUGUUAAUGAAGAUUCUGGUUUUGCAGUACAGAUGUCUGUUGAAGAAAAUCUGACUGACACAUCUCUGGCAUGCUUUCAGGUUGCACUUCUUUACACUUCUAGCAAAGGUAAGUUCAUCCACAUACCUUAUGAUUAACAGAUUUUAACAAAUUAAAUUUGAAUGGAAAAACUGACAAUAAAAAAAAAAUGUGGAAUAACUCUUAAUCUUCUUCACAGUGUUUGAUAUUUUAAUCUAAUUAGCAAAAAAAAUCUGAGUUUAGUGUAUUCAUGUGUGUUUUUAGGUUUUUUUGUUUUAUUUUUGCACAGGGCUAGUUGCUGCAAUAGCUAUAAUCAGUUACCUUAAGUUUAUAAAUACCAAGAGGGUAAAAACACCACAACUAAAAGUUUACAUCAACGAGAAACAUUGUUUUUAGUAGAAUCUGCUUAGAUGGAAGAUACAACUGGGAAAGUCCUAAUUGUUUGGAUUAAAUUGUGAAGCAAGGUCUCCAUGGUUAUCCUCUGAGAUUGGGGAAUCAUGCAAAUGUAAUCAAAUAUCUCCAUUUCGAUUGAUUAUUUUAAUGUACCAAAGUGCACCAAUUAAUGGAAAGUCUUAUGCAAAAAUACAACUUAGAAGAUUUUAAUUAUUAUUAAAUGCUGGGUAUAUUAGAGAGACACGGCACUGUGUGUUUUAUCCAUUUUGUUUUGUUAAUAUAAAACAAAACCAUUCAAAAAAUUAAAAACAACGGUCAUUGCCCGAGUAAGAGUAGGAGAAAAAACUUUCUUCUUUUCUUUGACAUUUGUAUAAUUGGUGACAUACAAAAAGUAUUGUAAUAUUCCAAAAUUAUCAAAACUUUUUAAAUUUUUGGUAAAUCUCCUCAUAAUUUAAAGCUGGGCUCUCAUAUUGAAAUUUAUGUACAACCUCUGUUAAUUAUUAAGGUUUUUCUUGUGCUUUUUAAAAUUAAAUAAUUCUGAACAAUGUUAAUCUACAUUGCAUGUCUGCAAUCCUUGCUUAGUCACAGCAUAUCAUUUUACAUUUAUUGAUUCCUACUGUGCCAUAUAUGGGGUCACAUAAAGUGAAUACCUAAGUAUGCAGGCCAUUUCUCUGUAGAUGAGCGCACUUGUAGCAUCACUAUGUGAUGACCUCACCCUGAACAUAAAAGUGUUAGAAUAUAUAAUAUUUUCAACAUAUGCACAUUUAAGCAACUUAUUAGAACUUCUAAGUCUUUAGUUUGUCUAGAAAUACAGAAUUUAUCUGUAACUAGUUAAUUGCUUUCAUUUUAAUCUGUUUGUUAUACAUUUGUUUCUUCUAGACUGUGCAAUAAUAAUUGUACAAUACUGGAGUUUCAAAUUAAUGACUGGUAUAUCUGUUUUUUUUUUUGUUUUUGUUUUUUUUAUGCUGAACAGGUCAGCGGAGGAUUCGAGUACACACACUUUGCUUGCCUGUCGUGAAUUCAUUGCCCGAUGUUUUCGCAGGCGCUGAUGUACAAGCAGUUACCUGUCUCUUGGCUAACAUGGGUAUGCAAAACCGCUGUGAUUUUGAAACGAAAAACAAUGCGGUCUUUUUAAAGGCUCCUUAUAAAUCACUUACAUUAUCAUGUAAGGUACUCUUAUGGUGACAUUAUUCAAUUGGUCUGAUUUUUUGUAAAGUAAAAAAAAAUAAUUUGCAAUCCUCAAACAAAUUUCAUAAUGCAUUGUGCAAUGUAGGCUUUCAUUACUAUCAAAUAUACAUUCUUCAAAUAUUAUGUAAAGUAUUUUAGUACUUUCAACUCUACAUAUUAAGUGGCUGCUUUGCGCACAAGGUUAAAUGCCACUCUGCUCUAAGUGCAUUGCCAAACAUUCUGUUAAAUCUACUUGUGGAUUUAUAAUGUGCAUCAAUGGUUUAACCACAUGGUUUCAUAAAGCAAAUAGGAAUAAUAAUACAUAAUUAUUACAAUGUGUCUACCCAUGCCAAGCAUCUGUCCACUUUAGUGGACAGUUAAUAUAAGUAUUAUUGGAUCAUCUAACAGCCAUACUUCCCUCUAAAACCAUACAUGCCUCCAGCAAUACUCUCUACAAAGCCUUCACAGCUCUUAUGGAAUAUCUUUCGGUAUAUCCUCUUGUAUAUUUUCACCAUACCCAGUUACUUCCCAGCCAUAUAUGCCUUACUGGCCAGUGACCCCAUUGUUGGAUUACGUUAGGGAGCUAAUGGACUGCGUCUGUAUAAGGGUCACAGACUGUGUGGCAUUGCUAGAUUUUGUGAUAGAUUCUAAAAAGUUGAUACAAACACAGAUACACAAACUUAAAAUAUGCUUUGAUUGACACUUACCCACAGGUAUUUAGGCAUGCAGUUUCUGCAUUGCUACAGACACUUAUGUCUUGCUUCAUGACUGACAAAAUGUCCUCCUUUUCUUUUUGUGUGUGUGUGUAACAGGCUUAAUAACGUUGAUACAGGCAUUUGGGGACAGAGUGGAUAUGACCCUUCAGUUAGCAAUCACUUUUCCUGUCCUCUCUCCCUCUGUAUCUGCCACUGCCUGCUGGACAGUAGUUGUGGUAGUUCUAGUUAUGGUGUAGUUUCCCUGGAGUGUACCUAGUACCCUUUCUUUGUUACUUUUUGUAAAUGCGUUGUUGUAAAAGACUUUUUAGGAACGUUAUAAAAUUUUAUAACAUUUUAAUCAGUAUAAAAACACAUGUGUAAAUCAUCUAGUUGUAUGUAGGUGUUAUGUGAUUACAAUCGUAUUGCUCGAAAUGUCUUAACUGCUAUAGUUUAAAAAAAAAAAAAGCUAGCCUUGUUUGUUCUAUCAGUUAUUUUUUAAAAUUAUUUCUACUGAAAAGUAAAAAAUGGAUAUAGAACUAUUGUUAUUUUACAGAAACAAAGUUACAACAAAGAAAAGUAUAACAAUAGGAAUCAGUGCUGCCCUCUAGAAUCCCAGCCUCCCACAUCGGUGAAGAUUCUGACUAUGCUUUAUUGCUUGUAUAUCCAUUUGUUGUCACCAAGAUUAAAUGUAUUCCUGUUUUCAGCUUCUGAUUUAGAUAAUUAAAAUAUAGAUGAAGCUGCUUAACUAGUUAUUUAUACAAGUUCCAUGAUUUGCUUUGUAAUGAAUGUGAUUUUAAAACCUAAUAAAAGUUCUUCAUAAGUAUUCUAAUUUUUUUACUUUUCAUUGUAUGUGGUUUUGUUAUUUCAGCUGUUGAUCGAUCAAUCACAUCAAGUCUUUCAGAUGCCAGAGAUGCGUUGGUAAAUGCAGUGGUGGAUUCUUUAUCAUCUUACAACGCAACACUUUCAAACCUACAGCAAUCCACAUUAGUAGCACCGCAGUCUCUCAAACUAUUUCCCCUCUACAUUCUCUCCCUCCUGAAGCAAGUAUGUUAUAUUAUUAUGUUUGUAAUGAUUGUGUGUGUGUGUGUGUGUGUGUUAGUAAAUGUGUCUAUGUACUAUAUAUAUAUAUAUAUAUAUAUAUAUAUAUAUAUAUAUAUAUAUAUACAUACAUACACACACACACACACAUAUAUAUAGCUCGUCUAUAUUUAUCGGCAGACUUCUACUAGUUUACAUAUUUGCACUUGCAUUAAAAACAUAAAAAUGUGGCGUUAAAUACAGUUGACCUGCAGUUACAUGAGCCUAGUUAUAAUACCUGCACUGCAAGGCCAGUUCUAAGCAUUUUGUUAUUUAUUUUACUUUUUCUAUUUUGUCUAUUUUAUAUAAAUGAGAUAUUGAAAUGUAGUAUACUAAAAGAAACAAAUACAUUAUUUAUAAAAGAAACAAAUUUAUUUAACCCCUUAAGGACCAAACUUCUGGAAUAAAAGGGAAUCAUGACAUGUCACACAUGUCAUGUGUCCUUAAGGGGUUAAAGGACCACUAUAGUGCCAGGAAAACAAACUCGUUUCCCUGGCACUAUAGUGUUAAUAGGUGUGUUCCCUAGAGGCUGGAUUAACCCAUAUGUAAACAUAGCAGUUUCUCUGAAACUGCCAUGUUUACAGCUGCAGGGUUAAAACUAGAUGGACCUGGCACCCAGACCACUUCAUUGAGCUGAAGCGGUCUGGGUGCCUAUAGUGGUCCUUUAAAGGACGUGUGUGUGUCAUCACUCACAGACAGUGCGAAUACUUGAAAAUGAGAUUACUCUCAAUGUAUCCUUGUAGAUAUAUAUAAUUUUUUAUAAAUACAAUGAAAAUAAUAUGGUUUUGAGCCUCUAACAUUGACAGAAAUGUAUUCACUGACAAAUGCAAGUCUUUGAUGCACAUGUAUUCUUAACAGGUUGCCUAAUUACAUAUAUCAUCUAGUUAUUUCUUUCUAUUUGUUCUCUGCAUGAGAAAUAAGAAAUCCAAUCUGUUCGUUAAUGCUCUCUCUUAGAAAGCCUUCAGGACUGGCACCAGCACACGUCUAGAUGAUCGAGUCUUUGCUAUGUGCCAGAUGAAAUAUCAGCCUCUGGUUCAUCUGAUGAAAAUGAUUCAUCCAAACCUCUACAGGGUAGACCGGCUCACUGAUGAGGUAUGGAGAGAUAUGCAUGAAAUAUGAAGCAAUCCUCUGCAGUCUGCAUUUACACUGUGCUGAAAGUGCCAUUUUAGCAUUUCCAGACAUCCCAGUCUGAUUGUUUCAAUUGAAAUCACAGCUUGUGUCUUUGUUGCAAUAAAGUUGCUUUAUGGGCUGGUCCAGGACUGUAAAUUGUGUUUUUUUUUGUUCUCUCAGCUAUGCAAAACCAAUGCAGUCUCUUUUCAUACUGUCAAUUGCCUACAGCUUAUGCAUUUAGUUGUGUGUUUUGGUGAAGACUUAUUGAAAUAUAUAUUUUUCUCUCUCAGGUUUAAUUGUUUGAAAAGUUCAGAUUAGGUGUAAUUAAACUAAUCUUCGUUUAUAGAAGUUGGAUAAUUUCCUGGGCCAGUAUUUUGUCUUUUUUGUGAUGUUCUUUUCUUGCUCUCAUGCCUUCUACAUAAUCGGCUGGGGGUUCUAAACUGCUUAUAAUUAAGGCUAUCACAAACCUCUCUCAAACCUGUAUUGUUGGCUCUAGUUUCCUGCAGAGACCACUGUAACUAGCUGGAAUGCAGGGUUAGAGAAGUGAUAACAGCUGCUUCUAAUGAGAACGGGUUUUGAUGAUAACAGGAGAGAUUUUCGGAUUCAGCUAGCGUGAAAUGAGAGUUAAGUUACGCCGAUUUGGCAGUACUGCUUGGAUGUAGCUCUCUUCUGCUUUCCAUCUGUUGGGAUACAUGGUUUUCCUGUUCAGUCUUGGAAUGUGGAUAUGGUUUAUUAUACGAUAUAGUAACACGUAGGAGAUCUAAAUAGGUAAGGAAUACAAAGAAGUAUAAUAGCUGAACAAGUUUAAAAUUAAAAGGGUAGUUUGGCAGUACUAGAUAAGAUGGUGCACAAAAAUAGAAUGUGAUGAAAGAAAAUAAGCUUGACCAGCCGAAUGGCAGCACAUUGAUGGAGCUCCGAGAAAACGGAGCGAAGAUCGCGUAUAAAGGAGGUACUACUACAACAUGGGGAACCCCAAAAGAGCCCAAUCGAACCCCCAACACACAGGGAAGACACCGGCAGGUAAAACCGGAACGGUCACCCGUUUCUUCAAAGAUUAUGCCGACCGCAUGUCCGACACCGGCGAAUCCAACAUGGCGCCGACGGCAGGAAACUCGAAUCCGCCGAGCCCCACUACCUCUGACAUCUCCACAAACUCCAUAGACAUGGAUGUCAAGGAGAUAUUGAAGAAUCUCCCAUCAAAAACAGACCUGGCUCAAAUGCUAGGCAAACUAGAAACUUCCUUCCAGACCAAGAUGGAGGGUCUCAGCACUGAAAUAAAGCAGGUAGGCCGCAGAGUGCAGGAGCUUGAGGAUGAAAGGGGGGCUUAUUACACCCAGAUACAGACCCUGACUACCAAAGUAAAUGCUCAAGAAAGGCAUAUGUCCAUGAUGCAAAGAUCGGUGGACGACCUUGAUAAUAGGGGCCGUAGGAAUAACCUUCGGAUAAAAGGCCUACCUGAAACAGAGGGGGAAAAUUUAUACACAACGCUCUCCACGCUGUUUAACCUGAUCCUGGGCCGAAAACCUGACGCUCCAGUGAUCCUCGACAGAGCGCACCGUUCCCUGAAAGCUAAAAUGGGACCAGGGAGCACGCCAAGGGAUGUCAUCUGCCGCGUCCACUACUACGCGUUAAAAGAGGACAUCAUAAGAAAAUUAAGAGACACUUCCACCCCUAUGCUAUUCCAAGGCCAUGAAAUAUCAAUUUACCAAGAUCUAUCAUGGCACACUCUGCAAGCAAGAAGGGCCUUAAGGCCAAUAACACACCAGCUACGGGCUCGCAACUUGCGCUACAGAUGGGGCUUCCCUUUCGCCCUAACAGUCAAUACCAGGGGCUCCAUGUAUACAAUCGCCACUUACCAGGACAUCCCUGCAUUCAGCAAAGCUUUGGGCCUGACGGAAAUGCAAAUCUUGGAUUGGUAUGCACCAGAUCCUGCACUGUCCGCCCCAUCAGCACAGCAAGCGCCGAAAUGGAGAUCACCGGCUAAAAGGCAGAAGAUGACACAAGCGUCACCGCUUCAAAGAGAAGAAACCGAGACGGAGUAGAGGGGCACCAGUGGAGUCGUCCCCGUCCCUCCUCCCCCCCAGAUGGACCAACACCAUAUCAAUCCACCCAGACCCUAUCACCCAAGUUUUGGCACAAGACUCUGGGCCCAAACUGUACUGUUGCCGUGUCUUGAUCCCGGCCGAAGCCAAAAGCCCUGUCCGAACAUAGCCUCGCAACAUCUGCCCGAAAGACUAUGACAACCCUUGGCCCAUCAGGUCGUAUAACCAUCCUUGCUUAUACCCAUAUGAGAUUGUACCACUAACUACUGUAUUUUCAUUACCCUCAUAUGCACGCAGUGUGUACCCUAUUCUAUGUUUCUAUGGUCACACUCAUUCUAGGAGCUCCGUUGGCUCCAUGCCUUGUUCAUGUGACAAACGGCAACUUAUCACUCUCAGACAGAAGUGUUCCCAAAAGUUGACGCAUGUGACAAAUAGGGACCAGCUGGGGACGGGGCGACAAAGGGCGGGAGCGAGAUGGGCCAGGGUACGACAGGGCACGGGAGACUUCAGACACCACCCAACGGCAGCGAAUAGUUUUGAAGGAGAAAGGUAUCUCUUUGAGUACUUAAAAAAAAAAGAGAGAGGGCCGAUAUUGAACCAUGUCUUACCAUUUGGGGGCGCAUACGGGAUUCCCGGGACUCAGACCUUUCUACCCCCCCCUACUACCGUAGCAAAUUCUUCCAUCAACAACCUCCACGAAACUAACAGACGAAAUUCAAGCGACUCCGCUCCGUACAGCUCAUGCAUUCCUACUUCACUACAGACACCAACACACGGCCACAGAGGCUGACGGUCUAGAUUGAUAGUUAUCACCGACCUGACCUCUAAGACCGACAAGACACACACCUCACCCGCACCCUAUUACGAACGGGGUCGUAAAUCCCUAGCCCACUGUAGACAACAGGACUUCUCAGGGGCUGACCCCAGUUCCCGCGCAUUGCCGGAGAGCAAGUGACCACUAAUGCUGACUGACCGGCUCUAACGAAAGAUUGCUUUUUAUGUACAUAGUUAUUCUUGGUUAUUGUUAUUUACUGUAUGGUAUUGUACUUCUUUCUUUUUGAUUAUUGCACUAUCUGAAACAUCCUGCCCUGUACCAAGCUACACCUUCUACUCAUACGUCUUACUCAACUGGGUACACCGCAUAUAGAACAUCUAACAUUCCCAGAGACCACAUUCCCUUUCCCUUAUUACGCACUGACCCCUCUAAUAUCCCAAGAUGGCAACAGUGACGAUCCUAUCGCACAAUGCCAGGGGACUGAACACCCCUGAAAAACGCCACAUGGCACUCACAGAUUAUCACAAACACAAGGCUGAGGUAGUUUUCAUACAAGAAACGCACUUCCGUAAGGACUCAGCACCUUCACUUAAGUCGAAACACUUCACAAAGGGCUAUUUCAGCAACUUCACUGGCUCAAAAUCCAGGGGAGUGGCCAUUUUACUCUCCUCACACCUCCCAUUCACAUACAGAGACCUCCUAAUAGACGACACUGGUAGAUUUAUCUUCUUAAAGGGCCUGAUGGGCGCAACCCAAGUCACGUUAGCCAAUAUCUACAUGCCCAACAGAAAGCAAUCCCAGGCAUUCCGACACAUAACUACGAAAUUGGAAAGCUUUUCAGAGGGACUAUUGAUCCUAGGGGGGGACCUGAAUGUGUCCCUGGAUGGGGCGCUCGACACCACUUCACAGGCACACUCAUACCAGGCAUCCACAAGAAUAAACAUCCAAAAAAUCCUAGACUCCCACCAACCCUACGACUGCUGGCGCACCUCACACCCAGCGGAUCGCGACUACUCUUAUUAUUCACACACUUCUGGCUCAUACUCUAGGAUAGAUGUGUUCCUUAUCCCACAUAGAUUCCUAAACCUAGUCAAUACCUGCGAAUAUGCCUCGAUUACGUGGUCAGACCACGCUCCUAUCUCCCUGAACAUAGCAAUCCCUUCCUUACACUCUUCCAGGACACAGUGGAAACUCAACGAUACACUGCUAAACCACCCGGAGAUACAGACCAGAAUUAGGAGCUCACUUACACAAUAUUUUGAACUAAACGUCCACCCUGACACGCCCUACCCAAUAGUGUGGGAAGCACACAAAAGCACGAUCAGGGGCACAAUCAUUAAAGAAGCUUCAAAACUCAAGAAACAAAGGGAAUCAGAGACCUCCCGACUGACUAAGGAAAUUAGGGAUCUAGAGAACUCACAUAAACAAGGCCUCGAUCUAGCCACAUACAAGAGCCUAGUCGACAAAAGGACAGAACUCAAUAUCAUUUUAAACGUACGCACCAAACAUGCGCUGGCCAAAAAGAGGUGCAAUUACUAUACUCAAGGGGGCAAAUGCGGGCGGCUACUGGCGUAUGCCCUCAAAAAGCAAAGGGAACACAUGUUUAUAGCAGCGAUACCUAACCCAGAGGGCACUAUUUCACACUCGAUGACAGACAUUCUAAAGACGUUCAAGGACUACUACUCAUCACUCUACAAUUUGAGACAAACUCCUCCCCAACCUCACGACAUACAGGAAUUCCUAGCACAGAGAAUACACUCCACCAUUCCACGAAACGUACGAGAGGCCUUAGACGCUCCUAUCUCGACGGACGAAUGUCUAGAAGUGAUAAAACAUUUGCCAAGACACUCAUGCCUCAUUUCCGAAACACAUUUAAUUCACUACUUAAAUCUGGUACCCUUCCCCCCCAAGCAUUAAAUGCCACAAUUACCCUCCUCCCCAAACCGGGUAAGGACCUGACCCAAUGCGGCAGCUAUAGACCUAUUUCGCUGAUAAAUGUGGACUUAAAACUUUUUACGAAAAUACUGGCGAACCGGCUACGUCCACUGCUACCAGGGCUCAUACAUGCAGACCAGUCAGGCUUCAUUCCAGGCAGGGAAGCUAAACAUAACACGACGAAACUGCUUAGCCUCAUACACCUGACCAGGCGAACGAAGUGCUCCAGUCUACUCCUGUCGAUUGAUGCCGAAAAGGAGUUCGACAGGGUAGACUGGAGCUUAAUCUCAUCCACCCUACAGCACAUGGGCUUUGGCCCCCACUGGCAGAAAUGGUUCAACGCCAUAUAUUCAUACCCCACAGCAAAUAUCAGAGUGAAUGGGCAGCUUUCAGACCCAGUACAAAUAACAAAUGGCACCAGGCAGGGAUGUCCCCUGUCUCCCCUUCUAUUCGUACUAGUCUUAGAACCCUUCCUACAGGGGAUCAGAGAUAACACGCAAAUUAAAGGAAUCACAGCAGGCGAUAGGGAGUACAAAAUAGCUGCAUUCGCCGACGAUAUGCUAUUCACUAUCUCAGACCCGGGCACCUCAAUACCACCUCUUAUGGCGGAAAUGCACACUUACAGCGAACUCUCCAAUUUCAAAGCCAACCUCAGCAAAUGUGAGAUCUUACCCAUACACAUACAUCCCCAGGAGCAACAUAAACUACAAAAUGAACAUCAAUUCACGUGGGCCCCCCACCAUAUCAAAUAUCUAGGAAUCCACAUUACCAAAGAUGCGUCUCAAUUAUUUGACAGUAACUUCCCGAAACUGAUGAAAGACAUAACAGCUGACCUUAACACCUGGAACAAGCCAUAUUUCAGCUGGUUUUGCAGACUCAGUAUAUUAAAAAUGAACAUAUUGCCCAGACUUCUGUACCUCCUGCAGGUUCUACCCAUCAUGAUCCCUAAAACAUGGUUCACGCUGGUACGCAAAACCCUCUCAUUGUACAUAUGGGCACAUAAAACACCCCGACUUUCACACUCGCUUCUCAUUAGACCAAAGGGGGAGGGAGGCAUCGGACUCCCAGAUAUCGAGAAGUACCACGAUGCAAUUCUCCUAACUAGACUCUGACUGGGCAUCCACCAACACCACCAAACAAUGGGUACAAAUAGAAGAUACAUUCCUAAGAGCGCCAAUAUACACGAUCCCAUGGCAAAAAUCGGGUCAGACUUUCCUCCUUCAUGCCCCACACCCUACCAUUUCCCCCACUUUACGCAUGUGGACUAGAAUACGACAACACCAGACGAUCUCCCCCUAUCCGUCUCCGCUGUACCCGGUCACACACAACCCCUUGUUCAGGCCAGGUGAGGACGGUAAAGCUUUUAAGGAGUACCACAACUCAGCCUACCUAAAACUGGGGGACCUGAUGGAGAAUAUAGGGGACCGUAAGAUUAAACCCCUUGGCUCCCUUAUAGACCCACAAACGAUAAUACACAAAUUCCAAUAUAGGCAACUCACCCACUUCGUCCUCACAGGACCACUCGCACAUAAUCCACACCGAGCACAAACUAAAUUUGAACAACAUUGCCUCGAUCAAUCCAUUAAGAAAAGGCUCAUCUCAGCAAUGUACACCACGACAUUAGCCACUCAACCCCUCAACCCACCAGCUUUUACCACCUCCUGGGAAAAGGAACUUAACAAGGCCUUCACGCCAGAGACUUGGCGUUACAUUUUUAGACAAAUCCACCACACAUCACGUAACACACUCACGCAAGAAGAAAACUACUAGCGCAUAGCGCGAUGGCAUUAUACUCCGACCAAAUUGAAAUCACAUUUCCCAUCACUUUCAAACAGGUGUUGGAGGUGCCAUACGGCAGAAGGGAAUUCAGCACACAUAUGGUGGUCGUGCCCAACAAUACAAGAGUAUUGGAAACACAUACAAGGCCAAAUUCAAAUGAUACUAUCCAUACAUCUUCCGCUCACGCCAGACACGUUCAUCCUCCUAGUGCCAUCACAAACACUACCCAAACCAAAAGCAACCCUACUAUACCACAUGAUUUCGGCCGCCAACCAACUCAUUUCAGUAUACUGGAAAAAUCCAAAUCCCCCAUCCAUAAGGGAAUGGAUACAAAAGGUCGAGACUAUCAGAGGCCUGGAAGAGACAUGCCACUCUAUGACAGACAAGUACCAUCUAUACACUGCCACCUGGGAACUCUGGAGUGCAUACCUCCAAAAUGCUCCCGGGUAGCCCACUAGAAUCUGACCCCCCCCCUCCCAUUCCAGGCUACUGUAGCCGCAAAUGUAUACAAUGGGGAUCUGGGUGACGGCAGCUUAAGGAGUGAGAAGCCUGAGGUGGACAAAGGUUUACCUUCUCCCUAUACCCUUCUGUGCACACCAACACCCGCUGAAACUCCACAGACAUCCAUAAUGCUUGACGGGGAUGUAAUAGAUGUACUAGAGGUUAUGAGGUAUGGGGUAACCAAUGGAUAUUGAACAGUCUUGUUUAUGUGUUACAACCCUUAUGUCUAACCCACUUUGAUGUAUUGUUAAAACUUUGCAACACAAUUAAAAAAAAAAAAAAAUAGAAUGUGAUAUGAAUAACAGAAGGAACCCAAAUAACAACAACCUACUUGUGUACAAAAUUUGUGGGGUCACUGCGAGAGGGAUAAAGGAAGAAGGAGAGUAAACGGGGGAAAGGGUAAGGUAAGUAGAUGGGGUGAGACUAUAGCCACAUUUUCUGUGUAUUGGGUAGAAGCUUAUGUGAGCUUGAACCCCAGACCAGUAAUCUUUGCAUUCGAGAAAAAAACCACCCUCCAAAUUAUCUACAUACCUUAUUAAAAAGGAAACCAAGUAACUAGAUGAAUGUGUUCAUUCUAUUACUUUUGAGGGGUUUCAAGAAUGUUCUUUACUCCAUAUAUGGUGGACUUGACCAGUAAUUUCUCCCUAGUGGGAAUUGGUAAAAGAGGGAAUUACUAAAACAUUGGCGAUGGCUCCUGCGUUCACUUCUGAAGCUGUUCUACAUGAUCAAACACCCCUACCAUUGGGGAGAUACAAAAAAGUGCAUAACAAGAUACCUUUUUAAUGCAGCAAAGGCCUUAAUGCCAAUCCUAUGGAAGCUCCCACCCUCCAGCUGAGGUGUGAAAGGGUAGAGAAGCUAUAUGAAAUGGAGGCACUUAACUUAUGUAUGUGUUUUGGUUUUUUUUGUAUAAUUUGUUCAAUAUUAUUAUAAAUGUCUUAUGUUUAUUGCCGUAAAAUCUGCCAUACUUAUGUAUUUGACAUAUAUGAGUUUUUUUGCUGAAUUGCAAUGAAGUAUUGGGUUUAAUUGAAAUAUAUAUAUAUAUAUAUAUAUAUAUAUAUAUAUUCCUCUCUGGCAAUUUUGUUAAAAUUGAAAAUAAAAAUAAUAAAUAUAUAUAUAUAUAUAUAUAUAUAUAUAAAAGAAAUGGUGUCACUCACAGCAAAACUCCAACAAGACAGAGUUGAAAACUGCUACUGGAUGUGAACUCCAUGGCUUUAACCCCUUAAGGACCAAACUUCUGGAAUAAAAGGGAAUCAUGACAUGUCACACGUGUCAUGUGUCCUUAAGGGGUUAAGGACCACUAUAGUGCCAGGGGAAAAAAAUGGUUUUCCUGGCCCUUUAGUGUUAAUAGGUCCCCCCCCUCCCUCAUGGCCCUCCUCCCGCCGGGAUCGAGGAGUUUAGGGGAAAAUCACAGUGAGAGGCACAAAAGCGCCUCUAGCGGCUGUCAAUGUAAACAGCCACUAAUGUAAGUUUCUCUACAACCGUUAUGUUUACAGCUGCAGGGUUAACUCUAAAUGGACCUGGCACCCAGACCACUUCAUUGAGCUUAAGUGGUCCUUUAAUUACAUGUCACAUAAUGCGUAAGGAAAUGAAGUGAGUUGCGGGUCAGAGAAUAAGGCUUCAGAAAAGGGGGGGCUUACUAAUCCCACUCCCCCCUUCCUUUUCCCUCUCCCUUUUUUACCCCUCUUCCCUUUUAAUACACAGCGUUCCUUAUCCCCCUUCCCUCCCCCCUGCCACUCCAGGUGCCUUUCUCCAAGUCUGAAUGGGGAUACGUUGAUGCCUUCAGACUUGAAAAUUAACCAUAGGUAUAGCCAGGAAGUUUUUGACUGUGGCAGGUUGAGGGAACGGGAAAACUAUCAAGCUUUAUUAAAAAAAAAUUAUACUCAUAUACUCUGGCAGGAUGUUUCUCUUAAACCAAACUGACCUUGUCUUGUCUUUUCUUCUUUGUCUUUUCUUGUCUGAAACUUUACAUAAAAUUAAAAUAAAGAUUGUCAAAAACAUUAAAAAAAAGUAUUACAAAGCAACACUCUAGACACCACAACAACUUCAUCAAAAUGAAGUUGUUGUGGUGCCAGGAAGUUCCCAGGCACUUUCUUACUUGAAGGGGUUAAACCAUUCUCGAACGGUUUAACCCUAAAUUUUCACAGCGUGUGUUUUUUUUUUAUAUAUAUAUUUUUCUUUCAAUCACUUCCUUCCCCUUGCCAGCUCAGAGCUUCUCUAUGAAGCAUUUAAUAGGACCUCGGAGAGAGGGGGAGGCUUUGGCGUCAAAUGGGGCGUGGAGAGCAGCGCCAGUUUUUGGGUUUUUUAAGUUUUAGGGUGUAGGAUGGGGAGGAACCGAUUUACUAACAUUUAAUAAAGAAUUCGUAACUAAAAUUAAACGUGUCUUGUAGAGGACAAUUUACAAUGUAAAUUACUUUACAUUGUAGAGUAUCUAAAUUGUAUUGUAGCAUCUGUUUUGCUCUAUAAUCUGUGUGUUUACUUUGUUAAUUUAAUGUCAAAAUAGUGGAGUUAAAGAUUGUAUUCAAAAUAACUUUUUCAUAAUAUAAAAUAAUUUCAUAAUUAUGAUAUUUGACAGUGAAACAUCCCAUGUUACAACUAGUGCCUAACUAAUAAAACUGUUUAAUAAUGCUGCUAUUUUGUUUAACAGGGUGCUAUCCUUGUAAAUGACUGGACUGUACCACAACCAUGCCUUCAGGCCUUGUCUGCAGAAAAACUAUCAAGAGAUGGAGCUUUCUUGAUGGAUUCUGGCUCAGUAUGUAUUUUUUUUUUUUUUUAACAAUUUGCUUGUAAUAUUCGCUCUAUUUUUAAUAUAACUUUCCAGUUCUGAUUGACAUGUGUGGAACCAAAUAUCAGUAGUGAUUAUACUAUUGAUCUGUAUAGUAACGGAUAAUGUACAGUUUCUCAGCAACUAUAUAAUAAUAGAUCCUGUCUCCAGAAAACAACUUUACAAUGCUCAGUACAGUGUAAGAGUGUUUAAAACACUAUAUUUUUAGUUUCAGUAUGUUUAAAACAGCUAGUCUGCUUAGAAAUGUAUACUGUAUUACCACUGGCAUAAAUAAGAUGAGACAAAGGUAACUAGUGUGAGACAUCAUUGGCAUGAAUAUCACAAGCUCAAUAGUCACAUUAUCUCACAAGGUUCAAAAUACUCACUGGUUCACCCAGAAUUAUUUUUAGCAUUCCAUACAAUUCUGUCCCAAUACGUUUUAUCUGUAGAUGAUUUCUUAGUGAGUUAAUCAACUUGUCAUUAACUUAAAGGACCACUCUACGGACCCAGACCACUUCAGCUUAAUGAAGUGGUCUGGGUGCCAGGUCCAGCUAGGCUUAACCCAUUAUUUUAUAAACAUAGCCGUUUCAGAGAAACUGCUAUGUUUAUGAAUGGGUUAAGCCUUCCCCCAAAUCCUCUAGUGGCUGUCUCAUUGACAGCCGCUAGAGGCACUUGCGUGAUUCUCACUGUGAAAAUCACAGUGAGAGCACGCAAGCGUCCCUAGGAAAGCAUUGAUAAUGCUUUCCUAUGCGACCGGCUGAAUGCGCGCGCAGCUUCUGCCGCGCGUGGGCAUUCAGCCGAUGGGGAGGAACGGAGGAGAGCUCCCCGCCCAGCACUGGAAAAAGGUAAGUUUUUCCCCCUUUCCCCCUUCCAGAGCCGGGCGGUAUUGGGACCCUGAGGGUGGGGGCACCCUCAGGGCACUAUAGUGCCAGGAAAACGAGUAUGUUUUCCUGGCACUAUAGUGGUCCUUUAACAAAAAAACCCUUUAUUUUGAAGAGAAAAAUCAUGACAGAUGUUUGGGGUUGCACCGUAAGACAUCGAUAAAACUGAUGUCUGUUCCACUAGGGUGUACGUUAUAGUUCUGUUGUUAAAAUAAAUUGUUACAUUAUUUACAUUUAAAACUUUAAAAGGACACUCCAGUCCACUAAAACACUUUAGCUUGCUGAAGUACAUUCAAGUUAACUGUGUGUUCCCUUUGGCCAAUCAGAACUUUUAUGAAUCCCCUCGGUAAUAUUUUCUGACUGUGCAGCAGACAGCCAGGAGGGUUUCCCAUGUUACUUACUGUGAACUGCAGAAGUGAGUGCUUUCCAUUCUCUGUGCUUUUCUGUCAGAAGCAUUAUUAGCAUAUUGCAGAGAUUGCACUGCAUGUACCAUCUGUCCCAAUGUUUCUUUUUAAGAAGCAUCUGAUUAGGACUCAAGUCUAAAGAUAAGAAAGAACUCUCCAAUUAAUAUAUACAGUGCAUUCAGAAAUUAUUCUGACCCCUUGUUUUUUUCAUAUAUGUUUAAUAAAUCUAAACCCAAUAAUCCACACUGACAAAGCAAAAACAAUUUUUUUCAAAACUUUGUACAUUUAUUAAAAAGAAAAAGUGCAUUUUGGCACUUAAAAUUUAGCUCAAAUACAUCCCUCUUUGCUCGGUCAUCUUUGAGAUGAUUUUACACUUUGAUUGGAGUCCACCACUGGUAAAUUUAGUUGACUGAUUUUUGAAAUUCACACAGCUGUCUAUCUAUAUGGGGUCUACAUGCAUUUCAGAGCAAAAACCAAGCCAUCAGGUUCAGGUAAAGGUAACCAUCUGCAGAGCUCCGAGGCUGGAUUGUGCUGUCACAGAUCUUGGGAAGAACACACACUAAUUUGGUUGCAUUGAAGGUUCCCAAGAGCACAGUGGCUUCCAUAAUUCUUAAAUGGAAGUAGUAUGAAACAACUAGGACUCUUUCUACAGCUAAUGGCUUCAGAGAUCAUAUAUGAAAAUGGGAGAAAUUAGCUGAAGGUCAACCAUGACUACAACACUCCACCGCUCUUUUCUUUGUGGCAGUAUAACCAGAUGUAAAUCUCUCCUUAAUGCAAGACACAUAAAAUCCUGCUUGGAAUUUGCAAAAAAGCACCUGAAAGUCUCUGACUGUAAGAAAUAAGACUAUUUGGUCUGAUGAAACAAAGAUUGAACAGUUUGGCUUCACUACAAAUCAUCUUGUCUGGAGGUAACCAGGCACUGCUCAUCACCAUUGCAAUACCAUUAUAAUGGUGGUAGCAUUAUACUGUGUGGGUGUUAUUCAGCAGCAGGGUCUGGAACACUGGUCAGGGUUGAUAAAAAGUUGAACUCUGCAAAAUACAGAGAUAAUCUUAAUGAAAACGUUUUUCAGAGUGCUCAGGACCUAAAACGUCGCCGAAGGUUCACUUACCAAAAGAUAAUGUCUCUAAGCAUACAAUCAAGACAAUGCAAGAGUGGCUUAGGGACAACUCUAUGAAUGUCCUCGAGUGGCCCAGAUUUGAACCCAAUCAAACAUCUCUAGAGAGACCUGAAAAUGUCUGUCGUCUGAGUAUCCCCAUUCAACUGACCGAGCUUGAGAGAAUCUGCAGAGAUGAAAGGCUGAAAUUGUGCAAAGCCAGGUGUGCCAAUCCUAUUGCGUUGUGACCAAAAAAAACUUGAAGCUGUAAUCGCUGCCACAUGUGCUUUAACUAGGUACUGAGUUAAGGUUCUGAACAUUUACAUCAGUGCUCAUAAUUGCCAAUAACCAUUGGCGAGUUAAAACUUAACCCUGGUGAGUAUGCGAUAGCUUACAGUGGCAAGUAACUUGAGGCCUUGCUAGUAGCAUAGGACUUCAAAUGUUAAGCCAUACUUAAAUCACUGUUCUUUCGUUUAAUAUAUUUGCAGUAAUGUCAAAAAUUGUGUUUUUGCUUUGUCAUUAUGGGGUAUUGAGUGUAGAUUGAUGUAAAAAAAAAAAAUUAAAAAACUUGCAGCAUUUUAAAUUUGAAAAAUGAAAGGGUCUGAAUACACUAUAUAUAUAUAUAUAUAUAUAUAUAUAUAUAUAUAUAUAUAUAUAUAAAAGAUGCCAUGUUGGGGAAAAACAAAUCCCCCUUUUUUGUGUAAAGAAAAACAUGAAUUUUAUUUAAUAGAGCUUGUUGUAUAUAAAAUAAGUUGAUGCCAUUUGAACAUAAUAUAAAACCAUUAACUUUGACUGCGCAAAAUAAUACUAUGUAUUUUUAGAUAUUCUAACUGCUUUUUAUUGUUUCUUAGUUUAACUUUAUUUGUAUUUUACUCUCCAUAGUCUCUCUACCUCUGGGUAGGAAGAAAUUGUGAAACAAAUUUUUUGAAGGAUGUACUAGGAUUCCCCAAUUAUGCAUCAGUUCCACAAAGGAUGGUGAGUAUGCAACACAGUUUGAUAUAGAGCAAUAAAUAAAUGUAUUAUUCUAUAGGUUGGCAAUUGUAUUAAGGUCUUGCACACACUAUAGAAACAAGUUAUUAAAACUUAGUUAUGCAUAUGCAGUGUUCACAUGAUCUUCUUGGGAUGAUUCAUGUCAUAGUCGAAUUGCAAAUUGCUAAUGUACUAUUUACUAAGGCUCCAUAACAAUAUAAAAUUAAGUGUUUAUGCCUAUAAAACCACAAAAAUCCAGACCAUGAAAAGGGUGAACAAGAUUACACAAAUAGUACCUUAAAAAAUAACUUUAACCUCAACACUAUCUUUUAAUAUAAUGAUCUUUUUAUCAAGAUUUGAAAGGAAAUUGACUGUUUGUUAAAUAAAUUAUACGUAAAGAAUUAAGAAAAUGUCAUCUCUACGUUUAGUGUAUGACAGGAUCCUUCAGCACCUUGGGUCACUCAGUGUUUCAGUUUGACAAUUGGUGGUCUGAUGAUGUUGGUGCACUGUGCUUGAAGUUAAGCAGGGAAGACUUGAUAUAGGUUUAUAAACACUAUGUUACUCAAGGCGUGAAGGCUGAAGGAUCCAGUCAUAUACUAAAUAUAGGGAUUUUAAAAAAAAUCUAUAUUUCAUUUGACACAAUCUAUUUCAUUUCAAAACCUGAUGAAAGUAUCAUUAUAUUAAAAUAUAUUUAUGAGGUGACAGGUGUCCUUUAAGAUAAAAUGAUCAAUUUGUUUACCUCAUGAUUUACUCCUACUCUGAUUUAAGAUCUUAAAGGACCACUAUAGGCACCCAGACCACUUCAGCUUAAUGAAGUGGUCUGGGUGCCUGGUCCAGUUAGGGUUAACCCUUUUUUUUUUUUUUAUAAACAUAGCAGUUUCAGAGAAACUGCUAUGUUUAUAAAUAGGUUAAUCCAGCCUCUAAAGCCCUCUGGUGGUUGUCUCAUUGACAGCUGCUAGAGGCGUUUGCGUGCUUCUCACUGUGAAAAUCACAGUGAGAAGACGCAAGCGUCCAUGGUAAAGCAUUAUGAAUGCUUUCCUAUGAGACUGGCUGAAUGCGCGCGCAGCUCCUGCAGCGCAUGUGCAUUCAGCCGGAGAGGAGGAGGAGAGCUCCCUGCCCGGCGCUGGAGAAAGAGGUAAGUUUAACCCCUUUCUCUCCCCAGAGCCCAGCGGGAGGGGUUCCCUGAGUGUGGGGGCACCCUCAGGGCACUAUAGUGCCAGGAAAACGAGUGUGUUUUCCUGGCACUAUAGUGGUCCUUUAAAUACCAGUCAUGUUCAUGUAAAGUGCUUAGUAAAACUGUUGGUGCUAUAUAAACGAAGUAUAUGGGUGUAAUUUUUCUUGAUACAUAUACAAUAAAAACAAAACAAAACAAAAAAAACACUAACUGCUGUCUACAGGAUGUGUAUUUUAAAACGACCAUCUAUACCAGUGCUUUCCAAACCAGUCCUCAUGGCCUACCAGUCCAGGAUUUAGGGAUUACCCAGUUGAAGGUGUCAAAGGUGAUUUUUUUGGAAAUCCUGGACUGGUAGGCGUGCUUUGAGGAACUGUUUGCAAACCACUGAUCUAGUCACUCUUUGGUGAACUAUUGUGAUGCAUUAAUAAUUGCAUUUCAAAUGUUGUAUUAUUGGGUUUUUUAGGGUGCUUAUCUCUUUUUAUUUAUAAAUCAGUUGCUAUAAUCAUAGUUGAUAAGCAUAAUGUUAUGAUUUAUUUUCCAAUAUAGAAUCAUCUUCCUGAGUUAGACACGUUGGCAUCAGAAAGAUUGAGACAUUUUAUAUCUUGGCUCAAGCAAGAUAGUCCUUUGAACCCUAUUCUUUAUAUCAUAAAGUAAGUAUUUGUCUAUGGUUAUGUUAUAAAACAUGGUGCAUUGUAUUUCUUUUCCCUUGGGUGGUGAGAGUCCACAAGUUGUGACAUAUGGGAUAAAGUCUCUCCUGUCCAAAGUUCCAUGGUACCUCUGUUUACAAAUGUAAUGCGGUCUCCGGGACAUUUCGUUUUGUGAAAAAUUCGUAAACAUUUCCCAUAGGAAUGCACUGAAAACCAAUUAAUCUGUUCCGGAAGUCAGAAAAAGGUCGAAAUCAGCUGGCAUGGAAACCAACCCACAAUGCAGAACACACAGUAAAAGACUUGCAAACGACAAAGCUGAGCUCAAUACCUUUCCACCGCUUGAGAAAUGCUCCCAAAACCUCUGCAAAAAAAGUUGCAGAAUGGCUCCAAAAAUCGAUGCAAAAACCGCUCUAACACCUCCACACUCGACGCCAUGUGCUACCCAUAGACUCCAGCAUGCAGAGGGGCGAUGAUAUAAACCUCCCAGGCACAAUGAAUCCUGGGAAAACUUGCUUCACAUUGCGAAAAAAACUUGUAAGCUGAGGCAUUAUUUUCAUUGUAUUUUCAUUUGUAAACCGAAAAUUAUGUUAACCGAGGCGUUUGUAAACCGAGGUACCACUGUAGCUAGAAACAUCCAUAAUGCAACAUUUCAGUAUGCUGCUCCCUCUAUAACCUCCCCUCUACAAUGAUCAUUUCUGUUUCAGCCUCUCCGGUAGAAGGUGGACUUACUAAAGCAAGAUGAUUUUUUAUUUUUUUUUCAUACAUAUAUAUAAAUAUAAUUUUUCUUGAACAAUGCAACUGGUUGCCUCUUUAUAUUUUAACACUGUCAGGCAGGGGGUGGAGUAGAAUUUGUACUUUUAAUUUUGGGACACAUUUUAGUUCUCUAUAAAAGUGACCUAUUCGUAUGGAGGUGUUUGUGCAGUAUAUCAUCACAUGGAUCUCCCUCUCCUCAAUUAGAACUUUUUAUAUAUCUUGUAUAUGUCUUUGUGGCAGGAUGUCUGAAAGACAGAGACUUUUUAUAUAGUUAUUCUGGUAAUUUAAAUUGCAUUUUAGUACAUGAAUAUAUAUACAUAUAUGAAUAAUUUGUUUUGCUUAUAGAUUGAACAUAUAUAACUUUAUAUUAAAUUUGAUUGGAUUAUUUGAUUAUGAACUAGGAAAUUAACAUCACAAAAAGUAUUGGUGCAAACCCUGAAUGUUUCCAAGUCUUUCCUUCCCCGGUUUUAUCCCCUUCUGUCUGCACAUCGCUCCCACCUCCCUAUGACUACUGCUGACUUUUAUUUUUAUUCCAUUAGCCCCCAUCAUUAAUUCCUACCUAUUACUAGGCUUCUUCUGUAUGCAUCCUCAACAAGUAAAGGCUGCACAUGUUGAUACACAUUCAAAUUAAGAUGUUUUCUAACAAAUGCCAAUUUUGUGUUACUUCAGGGAUGAUAGUGCAGUGAAGACUGACUUUUUCCAGCACUUAAUCGAAGACAGAACAGAGGCUGCAUUCUCCUAUUAUGAAUUUUUGCUGCAUAUUCAGCAACAGAUUUGCAAGUGAAAGAAGCAGACUUUUGGUGGAAACAAACCAGAUUGACACAAUGCUGAAAUCAUUCCCGUACUUUGACGUACUCCAAUACAAAGCCGAAUUGAAAAGUUGAUGGACGCUGAACUGGAUUAUACUUCUUUUUGUUUUUUUUUUGAGGUUUGAAUCAGUGUAAAACAAGUAUACAGAAGAAAAUUCUUUCUGUAACGGUCAUUUUCUGCAGGUUUGUGUGUGUUAUGUGAUAUGGUGCUGUUUGUUUACGUGGAACAAUGAAUCCAAGAGCUAUUUUUUUCCUAUAUCUGAAACCAUUAGAUAAUGUUUUUUUUGUUAUAAACGUAUGAUGUUUCUUCCAGAAAUGAAGAGAUGCCAAAGGGCAAUGUUAAACACAUCUUUGAACUUGUUUUUAAUGUAAUCCUUUACAAUGCUUGGCAUUCUUGACCUGGAAGACUAGAAUUUGCAUAUAUUAGUAGAUAAAUACAGAUCUAAUGUAUAUAUGACUGCUUUUGUAAAGUAUGUGUAAAAAUGUAACUACAGACAAUGAAUUGCUCACGUGUGCAGCAGUGAUGAGUGAACUGUUUAUGACUGAUUUGGGUUUACUGAGAGCUGCAGUUUCAUCAGAAGACACAGCAUUUCAUCUUGUGUUAUAUUAUUUGUAUUGAUUUAUUUAUGACUUACAUACCAAUUAAACAUAUUUUGCUUGAUAAAGUGGUUUUAUACUUAUGCAAGCAAUAUUUUAAAGAUCAACUUCUGAAUAUAUAGACACGUCCUUAUUAAGAUGUAUUUUACUGUUUUGUUUCUCUAAAUAAUUAAAGGUUUAAAACUUAA